UAUCAGGCCCAGAAGCCGAGGCCUCCAUUAGAGAGCGGUCCCUGCAGGCGGUGGGGAGGGAGAGGGACAAGGUGAGGGUCAGACUGGCUGUCAGGGGACCAACCUGGCUCUGAGAGUACAGGGGCAUCAUGGAAAUACACAGCAAGUGGGGACCACCCACUGCCCUGCAGCAUGGGAGGGGGGCUUCUCAAUAUAUAUAUAAUAUAAUAUAAUGUAAUGUGGGAUUAUAUAUCUAGCUGUAUAUAGUGUAUGUUAUAUACAUCAUAUAAUGUGGGAUUAUAGAUCUAGCUGUAUAUAGUGUGUGUUAUAUACAUCAUGUAAUGUGGGAUUAUAUAUCUAGCUGUAUAUAGUGUGUGUUAUAUACAUCAUGUAAUGUGGGAUUAUAUAUCUAGCUGUAUAUAGUGUAUGUUAUAUACAUCAUAUAAUGUGGGAUUAUAGAUCUAGCUGUAUAUAGUGUGUGUUAUAUACAUCAUAUAAUGUAAUGUGGGAUUAUAUAUCUAGCUGUAUAUAGUGUAUGUUAUAUACAUCAUAUAAUGUGGGAUUAUAGAUCUAGCUAUAUAUAGUGUAUGUUAUAUACAUCAUAUAAUGUGGGAUUAUAGAUCUAGCUGUAUAUAGUGUGUGUUAUAUACAUCAUAUAAUGUAAUGUGGGAUUAUAUAUCUAGCUGUAUAUAGUGUAUGUUAUAUACAUCAUAUAAUGUAAUGUGGGAUUAUAUAUCUAGCUGUAUAUAGUGUAUGUUAUAUACAUCAUAUAAUGUAAUGUGGGAUUAUAGAUCUAGCUGUAUAUAGUGUGUGUUAUAUACAUCAUAUAAUGUAAUGUGGGAUUAUAUAUCUAGCUAUAUAUAGUGUAUGUUAUAUACAUCAUAUAAUGUGGGAUUAUAGAUCUAGCUGUAUAUAGUGUGUGUUAUAUACAUCAUAUAAUGUGGGAUUAUAGAUCUAGCUGUAUAUAGUGUGUGUUAUAUACAUCAUAUAAUGUGGGAUUAUAGAUCUAGCUGUAUAUAGUGUGUGUUAUAUACAUCAUAUAAUGUAAUGUGGGAUUAUAUAUCUAUCUAUAUAUAGUGUGUGUUAUAUACAUCAUAUAAUGUGGGAUUAUAGAUCUAGCAAUAUAUAGUGUAUGUUAUAUACAUCAUAUAAUGUAAUGUGGGAUUAUAGAUCUAGCUAUAUAUAGUGUGUGUUAUAUACAUCAUAUAAUGUAAUGUGGGAUUAUAGAUCUAGCUAUAUAUAGUGUGUGUUAUAUACAUCAUAUAAUGUAAUGUGGGAUUAUAGAUCUAGCUAUAUAUAGUGUGUGUUAUAUACAUCAUAUAAUGUAAUGUGGGAUUAUAUAUCUAGCUGUAUAUAGUGUAUGUUAUAUACAUCAUAUAAUAUAAUGUGGGAUUAUAUAUCUAGCUAUAUAUAGUGUGUGUUAUAUACAUCAUGUAAUGUGGGAUUAUAUAUCUAGCUAUAUAUAGUGUAUGUUAUAUACAUCAUAUAAUGUGGGAUUAUAUAUCUAGCUAUAUAUAGUGUAUGUUAUAUAUAAUCAUAUAAUGUAAUGUGGGAUUAUAGAUCUAGCUAUAUAUAGUGUGUGUUAUCCAUCAUAUAAUGUAAUGUGGGAUUAUAGAUCUAGCUAUAUAUAGUGUGUGUUAUAUACAUCAUAUAAUGUAAUGUGGGAUUAUAUAUCUAGCUGUAUAUAGUGUGUGUGUUAUAUACAUCAUAUAAUGUAAUGUGGGAUUAUAGAUCUAGCUGUAUAUAGUGUGUGUUAUAUACAUCAUAUAAUGUGGGAUUAUAGAUCUAGCUGUAUAUAGUGUGUGUUAUAUACAUCAUGUAAUGUGGGAUUAUAGAUCUAGCUAUAUAUAGUGUAUGUUAUAUACAUCAUAUAAUGUAAUGUGGGAUUAUAGAUCUAGCUAUAUAUAGUGUGUGUUAUAUACAUCAUAUAAUGUAAUGUGGGAUUAUAGAUCUAGCUAUAUAUAGUGUGUGUUAUAUACAUCAUAUAAUGUAAUGUGGGAUUAUAGAUCUAGCUAUAUAUAGUGUGUGUUAUAUACAUCAUAUAAUGUAAUGUGGGAUUAUAGAUCUAGCUAUAUAUAGUGUGUUUUAUAUACAUCAUAUAAUGUAAUGUGGGAUUAUAGAUCUAGCUAUAUAUAGUGUAUGUUAUAUACAUCAUAUAAUAUAAUGUGGGAUUGUAUAUAGUGUAUGUUAUAUACAUCAUAUAAUGUAAUGUGGGAUUAUAUAUCUAGCUGUAUAUAGUGUAUGUUAUAUACAUCAUAUAAUGUAAUGUGGGAUUAUAUAUCUAGCUAUAUAUAGUGUAUGUUAUAUACAUCAUAUAAUAUAACGUGGGAUUGUAUAUAGUGUAUGUUAUAUACAUCAUAUAAUGUAAUGUGGGAUUAUAUAUUUUGCUAUAUAUAGUGUAUGUUAUAUAAUCCCACAUUACAUUAUAUGAUACAAUAUAUAUAUAUAUAUAUCUCUAUCUCUAUCUCAUGUAAUGAUUGUUUUCCUGGCACUGGAGUUUCCAUUUAAGUCAAUAUAAACGUGUGCUAAAAGCUAGAUUUAAAAAAAAAAAAAAAAAAAAAUGAUUGUAAUCUGUCUGCUGUCAUCAUGUGCUCAGCUAUGUGUAUAUGCAUGCGCGCCAGGCUCAAUGGCCACUCUCCAUUGGCAAAUGAAAAUGUAGCCACAGUUAGUAGAAAGUCACCCCUGCAGAGUAAGCUAUGGCUUGCAGGAUGAGUAACGUUUAAGAUCUUGCCGCUAUCGGUAGCACAGGGCUUCAAAUUGCAAGCCCUGUGUAUUUGUAUGUGUACAUAUUUUUUGUUUUUACAGAAAACUAGUACCUGGGACUUACUUAGCUGAACCUGUCCCUCUCUCACGUGGCCAUCUUUUUCCAGCCGGUCCUCCUCUGCUCGAGAGCACAGCAUUUAGGUCUAUGGACCACAGGAUCCUUCAUAGAUGCAGCGGUUACUGGUGAUGGCUGGAAGAUUGACACUUCAAUACGGCGGUAGCUCCGCCCAAUGUCUUGAAGUGUCAGACUUUGGAAAAAUUGCGACUUUUGUCUCAGUAUAUCUUUUGACUAGUUUGGAAUGUCAGUGAAUGUGUAUUGGUAUUUCAUCCCUAUCUUUAAAAAAAGACAGUGCUGCUUUAAAACCCUCUAUGGUUGUAACAAACAUACAUAAAAACCACUGUUUGAUCAACUCUCUCACUUUAAGAAUUGGCUCUUCACAAUAGUGUCUUUGAUGUAUGCCUGCCAAAACCAUAGAAAAAUGCUGCAUUUUUACACACCUCUUUAAAAUGUGCCAGUCAAAAACAAACAUGACAUAGUGGCACUGAAUGCACAAAAUAUUGCGCAUGUUCUUGUCACCCCUGCCAUUGUAUAUUGUAAGUACUCUCCAAUAGACAUUUCCUGAGUUUGCAGAUAUAAUGCUUACUGCGAUGUCUUUUUAUAUAAUACAUUUUUUGAAAUAUUUUUUUUUUACUUCUUCCCUUACAUACUCUUGUAUAGUUUUUAAAGAAGGCAUUGCUGUUCAACUUCCAUUUUAUGAUUACACUGUGAAAACCUCAAUUUUGUGCCUUCACAGAGUCUCCUACUGCUGCAGAAAUGGCGCGGCAAAUGAAUCGAGAUACUGGCCUAAGAGAGAAGGUAAAAAUGUUCCUCGGGUUGGGGCCACCCCGGGGGAAAAGCAAGGCAUCAGAAUGGAAGCAGCCCGAAUAUGUCAUAACUGCAGAAAUGAUGAAGGUAAGGGACUGCUAAUGCUGCGCUACAGGGGGAGACGGGACACAGUGUCCGCUGUCAAGUAUUAUACAAUAGUUUAUCUGUAGAAUGCGUACAUUGCGUACUCGCAUGAUCAUAUUAAUUUUAUAAUAACCUGCGUUUAGGUUCUGACUCAAUACGACCUAUUUGUCUGCCACUACAGAUGUAAAGGUGACCCAUCAUAUUUCUAGAAAUUACGGCACUACAUAAAAUAUCCCAAAUCACAUAAUUUUUAUUCACCUUUUGUCAUGAGAUAUUCUGAUUUUCUCUUUACUUCAUAUGAAUGCAACUCUCCAAGCACCAUAACCACUACAGUUUGUAGUAGUUUUGGUGCCUGGAAUUCCCUGGUGCCUUCCCAAUGUAAGUAGCAAAACUGUUAAUUGUUUGUUUGACUUCUUACCUCGGGUGCUGUUUCUGGCCUCUGCUGGAAGUAAAAACUGGAAGCUCCUGAAAAAGCCUUGCAGUGCCGUGUCAGCCAUUGACUGAGCAUGUCAGCUGAUCACUAAGCUUUGCAUCAUGUGGCUGAACCCAGAGCUUCCAGCCAUAGCAGAUGCAUGAAGUGGAACAGUAUGACUUCCUACGUUGGAAAGUGCUAAGGCAGUCUUGGCACCAUUACUACCACGACCAUGAGGGUUAUGGGACUUGGAGUGUUCCUUUGUAAAGGGGCAUGCCACCUCAAUAGUUACCUCUUCUCAAUUAUGUUUUUAUGGGUGUUGGAGGCAUGGGUCAUCUUCUUACCAUACAGGGUUAAAUUGUUUUUGAUCAGGUUUUUUUUUUUUUUUUUUUUUAAACCUUUAAUUUGUGGGGCACAGGUCCGCACUCUCUCCGGCUACAAUUUUUGUUCCGGAAUGUUUGGCUUGAGUAUCAUUGAUAGGCUGACAGUGUCAGCUGACCGUUGCGGCCUAUCACUGCUGCAUUAGCAUGUUUGGAAGCAGCAGUGGAGAGCAAGACAGACCAGCGCUUUGCAGACUCAUCUUCAGUGUUCAAACACUUGACGGUAAGAAGAAGCUGGGGGGCACAGAGCACAAUAACCACUUCAUUGAGCUGAAGUGGUUUCAGUGUGCACGGUAGCCCUUUUAAUCUUCCUUGCAUAGGUUACGGUGCAAAGGUAAUCUCUAAGUCACUAUGCUGGGCUCACUGCAGAAGCUGCACAGCAAAAGCAGGAAACUAAAACAAAUGAAAUGUAGUUGGUAUUCUUUUAUUUCUUUUUAUUUUCACUUAUUGUGUGUGUGGUGUUUUUUGUGAUUGCCUGCAUAUUUCCAUUUACUUUUCUGUAAACAGGAGUUGACUUCAGAGAGCCCUUUACACGUUCGGAUCCGUGCUAUGAACCAGAUCUGUGAGCUUGCGAAAACCAAAAAAUUCGAAGAGGUGAGCAUCAAAUUAGCAUCAGUUGUAAUGCGUUCAACAAAAGUGAAAUUUUAACUUGAAAGGCAUUCAACAACCUUUAUAAUAAUAAAAAAUAAAAGAAAAUCCAAAGGUUCCCUUUUUUUGUGUGUCUGUGUUUUUUUUAUUUAUUUUUUUAUUUAUUUUUUUAUUUAUUUAUUUUUUUUUUUUUCUGUAUGAUCAGUUCAGAGAGAGAGUUUUGUACUUUUUUUUUUUUUUUUUAUAAAUAAUAAAAUGACCUCCUCCUGUGUGCUGCUGAAACAGCAAUGUACCAAUAGCAAAGGUAGUCUAAGAAACACAUUUGUAGUUUUUUCGGGGUUCCAUUUGCCAUAUUUAGAGACUGUCUAGCUCCAAAACAAUGAACUCCCUUAUACUUCAGGAUUUGUUCCAUCUUUUUGUGUAGCUUACAAAUGGAAAGUGCUUGGGGUUUUUUGUUUUUCUUUUCUCCGCAGCAUGCUUUGGAAGCAGUAUGGAGGGCUGUCUCUGAUCUCAUGCGCCCAGAACAGCAAGCAGAGGCCAGAUAUAAUGUGCUCCAGUUACUGAAGGCCUUGGUUGUGGGACAGGUACUUUUGCCAUCAUUUUAUAUUUCACUUUCUGGCUAUUUUUAUUUGGUUAUCUUUACGUUUCAACAAACGUGUCCACAAAUAACUGGAAGAAAGCAUGGACACACUUUUUGAAGUUAAUAUAAAAACGAUCUCUUUGGGAAAAACAAUCUGCCCUUGCUAGAUCACGCACAUUCAAGUCCAAACUAUAAACCAAAUCCUAAAGGGGAAACGACACGUACCAUAACAUGUUAAAGGGAACCUGUAGUCCCAGGUUUUUUUUUUUUCUUUUUUUUCUUUUUUUUUUUUCUGGUUCAUGUGUUCCCUUAAACGCAUUUUAAAAAUUGGCGUUACUUCCAGUUUGGAGUAUAAAGUGAAAUCACAAUUUCUGUAUGUGGGGAAGCUGCCAAGUUACUCCGUCUAGGUAAUAAAAUUAUUGAAGGGACAGUAUAGUCACCAGAACAACUUCAGCUUAAAGGGACACUCCAGUGCCAGGAAAACAAACCGUUUUCCUGGCACUGCAGGUCCUCUUUUCCUCCCAUCCCAGGUUGCUGAAGGGGUUUACAUAGAAACAUAGAAUGUGACGGCAGAUAAGAACCAUUCGGCCCAUCUAGUCUGCCUAAUUUUCUAAAUACUUUCAUUAGUCCCUAGCCUUAUCUUACAGUUAGGACAGCCUUAUGCCUAUCCCACGCAUGCUUAAACUCCUUUACUGUGUUAACCUCUACCACUUUAGCUGGAAGGCUAUUCCAUGCAUCCACUACCCUCUCAGUAAAGUAAUACUUCCUGAUAUUAUUUUUAAACCUUUGUCCCUCUAAUUUAAGACUAGGACCUCUUGUUGUGGUAGUUUUUCUUCUUUUAAAUAUAGUCUCCUCCUUUACUGUGUUGAUUCCCUUUAUAUAUUUAAAUGUUUCUAUCAUAUCCCCCCUGUCUCGUCUUUCCUCCAAGCUAUACAUGUUAAGAUCCUUUAACCUUUCCUGGUAAGUUUUAUCCCGCAAUCCAUGAACCAGUUUAGUAGCCCUUCUCUGAACCCUCUCUAAGGUAUCAAUAUCCUUCUGAAGAUACGGUCUCCAGUACUGUGUACAAUACUCCAAGUGAGGUCUCACCAGAGUUCUGCACAAUGGCAUGAGCACUUCCCUCUUUCUACUGCUAAUACCUCUCCCUAUACAACCAAGCAUUCUGCUAGCAUUUCCUGCUGCUCUAUUACAUUGUCUGCCUACCUUUAAGUCAUCAGAAAUAAUCACCCCUAAAUCCCUUUCCUCAUAUGUUGAGGUUAGAACUCUAUCAAAUAUUCUGUACUCUGCCCUUGGGUUUUUACGUCCAAGAUGCAUUAUCUUGCACUUAUCCACAUUAAAUGUCAGUUGCCACAAUUCUGACCAUUUUUCUAGUUUACCUAAAUCAUUUGUCAUUUGGCUUAUCCCUCCUGGAACAUCAACCCUGUUACAUAUCUUAGUAUCAUCAGCAAAAAGACAUACCUUACCAUCAAGACCUUCUGCAAUAUCACUAAUAAAAAUAUUAAAGAGAAUGGGUCCAAGUACAGAUCCCUGAGGUACCCCACUGGUGACAAGUCCAAGCUUCGAAUAUAUUCCAUUAACUACAACCCUCUGUUGCCUGUCACUCAGCCACUGCCUUACCCAUUCAACAAUAUUGGAAUCCAAACUUAAAGAUUGCAGUUUAUUGAUAAGCCUUCUAUGUGCAACAGUGUCAAAAGCCUUACUGAAAUCUAGGUAAGCAAUGUCUACUGCACCACCCUGAUCUAUAAUUUUAGUUACCCAAUCAAAAAAAUCAAUAAGAUUAGUUUGGCACGAUCUCCCUGAAGUAAACCCAUGUUGUCUCUGAUCUUGAAAUCCAUGUGUUUUUAGAUGUUCAUCAAUCCUAUCCUUUAACAUGGUUUCCAUCACUUUCAGUGACUUACCAGAGUCCAGCGCUGGUCCAGGGUCCACCCAGGCACCUCCUCUGCCGACGUCAUCCAGCGCAUGCAUCCCUAUGGGGAUUUUAGCGACGCUAUAGCACAGAAAAUCUGUGCUAGAAACCCGGAAGUGCCCUCUAGUGGCUGAGUUAACCCUGCAAGGUAAAUAUUGCAGUUUAUGAAAACUGCAAUAUUUACAGUUGCAGGGUUAAGGGUAGUGGGAGUUGGCACCCAGACCACUCCAAUGGGCAGAAGUGGUCUGGGUGCCUGGAGUGUCCCUUUAAUGUAAUUGUUCUGGUGAGUAUAAUCAUUGCCUUCAGGCAUUUUUAUGCAUACACUGCUUACAUUGCCCCUAGGAACACCUCCAAGUGGCCACUCCUUAGCCACUGGAGGUGCUUCCUGGCUCAGUGCUGCACAGUAAGCUCUGCAUGGAGGCGCUGAAUUUUCCUCAUAGAGAGAGAUGAAUUGAUUUAAUGCAUCUCUAUGAGGUGGUGCUGAUUGGCCAAAAACGACAUUUGGCCCUGCCCCCUUGCCGAUUUCAGCCAAUCCAAUGCUUUCCCCAUGUAGACCCGCACGGUGCUGGAAAUAAGGUGUGUUUUAACUGGUUUUAAGAGAGCUAGGGGGGGGAGGCAAGCUACUACAUGGUGGGUUAAACACUUACAUGUAUUCCUGACCCUAUAAUGUGCCUUUAAUCACCAACUGUCUGUCACAUGUAACCCUCGUGAACCUCUUGUUAUCCAAUGUGUAUAAACUGUACAGCAAGGUUCAUGGGAGGUUGUAGUUAACGUUCAGUUGGAAUGUAAAAACUCCUGCCAUGGAAGAUGAGUCUCUGUACGCUGAAUUGAUCACUUGAUUCAACAUGAGCUUCUUUGCUCUUUGUAACCACCAACCACUUUCUAUCACAGACAAUACUUUAACUCUUUGUUUUGUUGGGAAUUAUAGUCUGUAAUGUUGUGUUUUGCGUAGGCGGACCGGCUGGGAUUCCUUCGGGCCCAUUUCUUCCGAGUGAUAAAGGACUACCCCACAAAUGAAGAUCUAGCGGAGAGAUUGGAAGUCUUUAAAGCACUUACUGACAAUGGGCGUGACAUCGCCUAUCUCGAAGAGGAACUGGGUGAGGAGACUUGUUUUAAAAGCCAAAAACCACAAAAUGAUGCAUUCUUUAAUUAUGGGAAGCACAACAUGUUGCCUACAAAGAUCCCCUAAAUACAAAUCCUGUGCAUGUUUAUGUACAAGUAUCCAUUCAGCUGCAAAUGCAGAAAUUUAAUAUAUAUAUAUUUUUUUUUUUUUUUUAAAUCUGACUGUUCUGAUAGUCCUUGCACCAUCUCCCCAUUAAAAUGUAUUGGCAGCACAAGAGUAAAAUACAUUUUCCUUUGUGGCACUUCCAGAAGAUCCGCACCCCCAUGAGCACAAUAUGUUGUGCAUUUGGCAUUCAUUUCCUAUGAAUCUCUGUUAAGCUUAUGUAGCUGCAAGGAAUCAUGGGACAUCUUGUUUUUAAAUGCAGAUUCCAAUAUAAAUGUUAUUGGGCGUUUGAGCGCAGGACUUGGUUUUUGUUUUUUUGAAUAAAUACGUGUUGCACUGCUCUACAAAUAGUCUGCACAUAUCACACUCUCAUUCGAAUCCCUCCUGCAUUACCUUGAUUAGCGGUCUAUAAGAUGAAUAGGAAUACUCCUAAUAGUACAAUCAGAUUAUACAUUAAAUGCCCUGAUAUUACACCAGUUUUCCCCUAGUGUUUAUUUUUCUUUAACGCUGUUGCACAGAUGUUAAUGUCUAAUCAUGCUUUCUGUCCUGAUGGGUUUAGCGGCCUUUGUACUUCAGUGGAUGGAGCAUGAUUUAACCCCUGAUUUCUUGCUCGUUCUGGUGAAUUUGGUGAAGUUUCACAGCUGUUACUUAGAACCAUAUAUUGCUCCUAUGGUGCAGUAAGUAUUUGACAUACAUUCUCCCAUUCCACCAAUACAACAAAGACUACGUCCGUGCUUUCUUACCUGCCUGAUUUGUUACCCGGUGUACUUUUCUGUUCCUCUCUUUAACAGAAUGAUUUGCCUGCUGUGUAAUCGGACUGCGUCCUCCUAUGACAUUGAGGUUAGUCUUAUUCCAAUCCACCACAUGUUAACACACCGUUUUUGACUCUGCAGAGUCUCGGGAAAAGGGAAUGGACUCUCGUUUUCCUCACUCCUUGACCAUAUUCUAUAGCCAUGUCCACCGCUUCCCACUGCAGGCGUUUUCAGUGUUUCCGAUGCAAUUUUUUUUUUCUUUUUCUUUAAUUUGCAUCUUACAAGCGCACUCUAUGCAAAAUGAAAACUAUCACCCAGUGCAGUUUGACAUACAGGAGCUAACCUUAGCAAGCUGUGACCGAUCUCUCAUCUGCCACAUUGUUAAUGCCAAAUAUACACUUCUUCUCAAUAUCCUUUCUAACAUGGAUGGCAGUGAUUGGGGGUCUAGGUUUACCUAGACUGUUGGCACCAUAGCCACUACAGAGUUGGCACCCCUUUCAAAGGCUGGCUAAGCAAAUCUUACGAUCAUGGCAUUCUGACUGAGAAAGUACUUUUACAAUUUUUAUCUGACGUCUAGUGCAUUGUGGGGAGAUGAAAUCUGUUAUGUAGCCUUUAGUCUGAAUGAACCUCCUAGAAAAUGUAGUUCGCUAGCCGUGUUCAUUCAAAGAACAAAUUGCAUCAAGAUUCCAUUUCUCAAGGAAAUGCUAUUCGCAUUGGUCCCUAAAGGGGAUAUUGUUGAUUAGAAUGCAAGGGACUUCAUCCACUAAACGGAUAAUUAUUGUCUUGAAAACCUAAAUGUAAAACUUCUCCAAACAGUUCUAAUCCUGGUAAAUUCUCCAUCUUGUCUAAAGCUACAGUGUGGUUAUUUUGUUUUACAUUCACAACAAUUUGUUAUUUUGGAAUAAACGCCAUUCUGAAUGCACGUGACUGGCACAAUAGAUGAGCUGCUGAAUAUUCUCCAAGUUGGCUAUGGUUUCAGUCCAGCUUAGUUUACCUAAAAUUUUAAUUCUCUUUGCAUUCCCGACAAACUCAGUUUAAUGAAUAACUCUCUUUAAAAUUUCAUAAAGAACAUUCUGCUCCUAUCAUGGUGUCUUGUUGCAAUUACUUGUUAGUCCACCUAUUGUACAGUGCCGUGGGAUAUAUUGGUGCCUUUUAAAUAAAUAAAUAAAAAUUCAUAUUAUGAUUUGCAUUCCUUUCUCAUGGGACACCAGUGCUUUACUGUCCAUUUUCAGCAUAUUUAUUUAUAAAAUAUUUUACCAGGAAAGAUACAUUGAGAUUUCUCUCGUUUUCAAGUAUGUCCAGGAUCCACAAAUCAUUGCAUUGUUACAUUAGGGUACAAUAAAAUACAAAACCAAUAUUAAUACACAAUAAAUACAAAAUGUAACAUAGAACAGGCAGGAAAUAUAUAAUCAACCAUAACACGUGCAUUCUGUUUUGAGGUAUGUAGAGAGGGAUCUCUUAAAGGACUUUAGGCUUAGGGAAGAUUUUAAAUUGUGCGGGAGGUCGUUCCACAAUUGCGGUGCUCUGUAGGAGAAGGAGGAUCGGGCCGCUUUCUUUUUGUAUUGAGGUAGACUAAGUAAAGUGUUGGUACUGGAUCGGAGGUUAUAGGAAGUGGGAACAGCUGGGGAAAGCAUUUUGUUCAGGUAGGGUGGGAGUUUCCCAUAUAUUGUUUUUUUUUUUUUUUACCCAAGUUGAUCUUUAAUUCCUUUAUUUAUGCUGUUUUCUUCUGUUCUUUUGUCAUUCAGGUCUCCCUGCAGGUUUUGGAUGCCGUUGUCUGUUAUAACUGUCUCCCAGCAGAGAGCAUUCCCACGUUUGUAAUCACACUGUGCCGCACGAUUAACGUGAAGGAACUCUGUGAGCCUUGCUGGAAGGUGAGUUCUAGGACUGGCUCAGUGCAUGAGCUGUACUGUGUAUGCUAUAUGUAACAAUGUCCACAGGUGGAUAAUAAAUGCUGCUUUUUACACAGGGAGUGGAACAAACUCCUAGUAAACCUGGUGUAGAGCAGGAGUCCCCCAGAUGUUUUAAAACUACAGCUUCCAUGAUGCUUUGCUAUUCUAAAGACAUGCAAAGCAUCAUUUGCGUUGUAGUUCUACAACAUCUGAGAUCUAAUGUUUGGGCAUCCCUGAUGUAGAGGAGAUGAACUGCCUUUUUUCUUUUUUCUUUUUUUGGUCUGUUGUGUUUGAACUUGCUAACUAGUUGCCGAUCUGUGGGUUGCAUUGCAAAGUCUAACUUGUAAUCGAUAUGGCAUUCUAUAUGUGCACUGAUUGUCUUGCUGCCGUUUUUAAAUCAAGGCCUACAUGGCAGCAGGUUUACUGGAAUUUGUGGAUAACUUUUAGUAUGUUACAGUUUAAAUCAGUUUUAUUAUGGAUUAAUGAAGUCCUAUGCAAGUAGCUGAAUUAUAAUCUAUAAGGGUGUAGUUGCCACCCUGACCUAACCAAUUCUUGUGGUUUUAUUUAUUUCUUUGCAGCUGAUGAGAAACCUAUUGGGAACGCAUCUUGGCCACAGCGCUCUUUAUACCAUGAGUCGCAUCUUGGAAGAUAGGUAGGAACUUUCAGUGCUUCCUGGCAUCUUUGGAAAUGUAGUGCACAUACAUCUGGUGAGCCAAAACUGGCUCCAACAAUAAGCACCAUAACCACUGCAUCUUAUUGAGGUGGUAUAGAAAAGGGAGUUUUUCUAUGCGGUCUGUUUUGUGUCUACCCUCCUCCCUAUUUGUUUUUGGUCCCUUCAUUAUAUGUAUAUUAUACUUUGACAACCAGACCUUCCAGGCACCAUAACCACUAAAACACUACCUGUUCUGUUCUUUGUUGUUCUUAGAGUCUACAUGGAAGACGCCCCUCUACUUAGAGGGGCAGUGUUCUUCGUUGGCAUGGGUCUAUGGGGAGCUCACAGAAUCUUCUGUUUGAAAAAUUCUCCUCUUUCAAUCCUUCCCUCCUUCAUGAAGGUAAAUACCAGUGCACCAGCUAGUGUUGGAUCAUAGCUUUAACAUGGCUGACUUCAUAACCACCAUAUAAGAAACCAGGAGGGAUUGUGUACAUUUAACAGAGUACAAUAUUCUAUAGUAAUUGUGGUGCUUGGGCAGCCCUUAAAAGUGACUUAUUGCAGGAUUUUUUUUUUUUGGAAGUUUUUAUAACUUAAAUCUGCAGAAUGGACAGGCUCACUUCAAUAAAUGUAAAAUCUCAGAAUCCAAGGAUUGGUCUUGCAAGCCGCACCUGUAACCACCCCCCAGAGCAGGACUGCCUAUUACUGUUUUUAAUAACUCUAGUUGUUCUCUAACAUUUUAUUAAGAUAGAACAUGAUUUUGAUCAGCAGCACUUGGUUAGGUUCAAACUACAUUUUAGAAGCUGUUCAUUUAUGUUGGUUUUUAUGAUAUAUAUAUAUAUAUUUUUUUUUUUUCCUCUAUCUGAUCAGGCCAUGAACUGCCCCAAUGUGGUGGUUUCCUAUGAAAUAGUCUUGUCCAUCACACGACUCAUAAAGAAAUUCGGGACACAGGUGCAGGCUGUCUCGUGGGACCCAGUCAUGGAUGUUAUAGAACGAUUAUUCCAGCAGCUUUCGGUAAGCAAUGUUCUCAUUUAAAGGGACACUCCAGACCCCUAAAGUUGUUGAAAAGUUUUGUGCGAAGAAUGUUUCCUCCUCAUUUUUUUUAAUUUUUUUAAAUCCCUUACAUUUUGCUUACAUUGUACAGAUAUCAAUAUAAAUUAACAUUAUUAUAAAUGUACCUGGUUAUACUCCCUGGUUUUCAAGCAGACAAUAGGUCCUGUUACUUGCUGGUCUGGUUAGUUCAGUAGUCCAGAGCACCUGCCUUGCAAAGACUUCUCAUUGAGCUUCAUUGGGACGUCUGGGUGGGAUUAGAAGGGGAGGGCUUGUAAAGGCUACAGACAAGAGAUCUGCAUGUUUUGCAAUGCUUUUUUAGAAAAUGCUUUUCUAAAUGCUUUCUGGGAAAAGUCCUUUAUAAUUAGAUGUUCAAUGUAGUGACAUUUUGCCACGUCUGUGUUGAUGUCUAUUUGGCAACCAGCUGCAGCUAGUUUGCUACUUCCCAGUAUUCCAAAAGCUAUAUGUUGUAAGUCUCUAACUACAUGCUAUUUUACUUGGCAGUAAUAUGCGUUCAAAUGCAUCUUCUUAAUCUUCAGGCUUUGCGCAGCCACGAGUUAAAGUCGGCUGUGCAUAAUCUUUUGACCUUAGUUGAAGAACUUUAUGAUCAGAAUGUUUUCCAUGGAGAUGUAGAGAGGCUGUUUGAGCUUGUGGAACGAACCUCUGAAGAUCGCCCGGUAAGUCUGACACAUGCAUAGCACUCACCAGUGACUAAGCAGUUUAUGGCACAAGAUGAAUUGUGAACGAAGGUCGUAUUGUCAUAUUAAAACUGUUAAUCUGUGAUGCCUUUUAUGUCAUUUAGGCUGGCUCAGUUGUAAAUCUCAUAACAUACAGAGCCCAGUCCAUCCAUCCCGGGAAAGAAGGAUGGAUCUUGGACUUGCAGAAACUAAUGGACCGAUUCUUCAGGUGCGAAUCUGAUAUCCUGUUUUUUUUAAGAUUCUCCUCCAAACACAAAUCCUAGUGUGAUCCAGUAGCAAAAAAUGGCUGUUCGUUUGUUUCCCUGUGUGUGCAUUUACCUUACGUAUUCAAAAACAUCUGACACUGCUCAAUACAGGAGAGACAUACAGGCUGUUACUUGGCAUGUAAUCAUGAAUGCUACUGAACUAUUGGUGUCUGUGUAUGUAAUCUCAUCUUGUGUAUGUAUAGUGACAUGCUCUGAGAUUUGUUUCACUAUGCAUGAAUCCUAGUACAUAUUAAAAUAAAUGUUUCUUUUGUUGUGUGUUUGGGUGCCUAUAACGAAAAUAACUUGCAUAUACAGUCUAACGCCGUAAUUUUUUUUUUUUUUUAUUAUUUAUUAUUAUUAUUAUUAUUAUUAUUAUUAUUAUUAUUAUUUAUUAUUUAUUUAUUUUUUAAUAGAUUUUUAAUGGUCAAAUGUACAACCAGUUAAACGUUCUUUGCUAAAUUGAAAAUUCAAAGAGUAUCACAUUUAAGUCCAGAGUAGCCUAAUUGAAAGCAUAGCUGACUUAGAGUUUUUUCCGGAUUGGCAAUUUUUGACCUUCCAUUUGAAAUUCACUUUGAAUUCUCACUUUAGUGAAUACGUUACUAAAUUUAAGGCCAAAAAAAAAGCCAUGCCGAGACUAUUGUAGAAAAAUAAGGAACGUGUGCUAGAGAACUAAAAAUGUGUUAAUACUAGAAUCCUUUUUAGAAACCUUUUAAUCACGGUUAAUUGCUUUUUUCUUUUUUUUCUAUUUAGAAACGAGUCGCGGAGUAUAAUUCGUAUGAAGGUUCUAGAUGUUCUUUCCUUUGCACUGAGCAUCAACCGACAGUUUUACGAGGUUUGAUUUUAAACGACUUCAUUUUUGCAGUUUUAACUUAAAACGUCUCCCCACCAUACGUUCUCUUGAAGUCCGUUUUCUUACUUUCAAAGAAAUUACAGUUUAGAGUAUUUCUAAAACCAUUUUAAGAGUUAAAGGUGACUAGUGUGGGUGUUCUCUAUAAUUUUGGAUUGGUUAGCAGGAACAUUUUAAUUUGAAUUUUGAUAUUUCCCCUCCCUACUCCGCCCCUUAAUUCUCUCUAGGAGGAGCUCAUAGAGAAAGUAGUUACUUGUCAGCUUGCCCACAUCCCAGAGGAUAACGAUCACCAGGUCCGUAAACUGGCCACCCAGCUUCUGGUUGACCUUGCAGAAUGCUGCCACUCUUGUCAUUUCAACAGCUUGAUGGACAUCAUUGAAAAGGUAAACUAUAUCUUUGUGUCCGAUUUUCUCUCUAUUUUCAAAGUCCGUGUGUUGGUUAUGUAACAUUGUGGAUGGUGGUCACACAAGACAAGUGCCCGCUGGCUGUUUAAAUUUGUGCGGUAAGGGUCCCUAAACACGCACAUGUGGAAAUUAGAUGUUAAAUGUGCCACCAAGUUAGGACCACACUGAUCUGGAUCAUAGACUCUCUUUGUCUUUAACGCAUCAUGUUUGGCACCCAGACCACUUCAUCUCAUUGAAGUGCGUUUCAGACAAUGUCUACAUUGCAGGGUUAAGACUGCCUUUAGUGUCUCUCUCGAGGUGCUUCCUGGUUUCUCAGAGUUUAACUGUGAAACGAUGUUGAACGUUCAUGUGCUUUGCAUUAGGACGUCCAGCAUCUUCAAACUUCCCCGUAGCAAAGCAUUGAUUAAAUGCUUUCCUAUGAGGAAGGCCUAAAGCAUGUGCGGGCUUGCCGUGCUUGCUCUGCAUGCGCUGAUGUCCUUCGUAGAUGUGACAUUGUGGGAGGAGGACACAGAGCCACUGGAAGUGGAAAAAAUGAUUUUAAGCCCUUUUUAUUCACUGGGGAUGGAGGGCAGACCAUUAAUUAUAGGUUGGGGGGCGCUAUACCAUUUGGUAUACAAUAACUUUGUGUUCCUUUUAUGUUCAAAAAGUUGAGUAUAAACGUUGUCAUUACAAGCCUGUGUGUUCUUGGAAGUUUAGAGUUUAAAUAAGUGCAUUUUUAACAGGUUGUAUACCGUUCCUUAUCUACACCUGAGGCUGGGUUUCACGACUCUUCUUCCUUGGAAGAUGUGAAGACAUCAGUCUUGGGGUUGAUGGUCAUCCUUCAGGUAAGCUCUACAUUUUCCUUUCUGUGUCACAGUUGUCAAGUAGAUGGACCGUACAUUUGUAUGACUCAUUUAUUGAAAUGUCUGUAACCACAAUUAUUCCCGUCUGCAGACCAAGUUGUAUAUACUCCCAGCCAGUCACGCCAUACGUGUGUACGCGAUGCUGGUCGAACAUAUCCGGCUUCACUACAAGUACUUGUACAGCUCACCUAUUGCUAGCAGCAUCCGGCUGCAGGUGAGGACCUUCUCUUUACAUUCAACUUUCUAUAUUUUAUAAAAGUCUGAUUUUUAUUUCCCCUUUACCAGGACCCACUUUUAACCCAUCCAAUAACCAAUACAAAUUUUUCCUUUCCAAAUUGACCGGGUGCUUAAACCUGGCUGUAGAUCUACAAAUGUAGCAAAACAUUGGUAUCAUUCAUGGACUUUAUAAUGUAGAAAAUCUCCUUUUAUUUUUCCAUCUUGAAAAGUUUCACAUAACUAUGUGGUAAAAAAAAGGUCACCGGUUUCAGUUCCAUUUUGGGACUGGCUCUUCACAAGGCAAUAUCCAUGGUGGGUGCCGAGGGAUGUCGGUUUUGGACUUUUGCAGAUGUGCUUAAGUACAACACUGACAUGGGUUCCUGGUGGAGAAAGCCUCAGGAGCAGAAGAAAAAGAUGGCGGUGCCAGCGGGGGACAGAUACCAACUGCACCCGUAAACCACUGCACCCCAAGCAGUGAUUUCCCAUCAGGACUCUGUGCAAAACAUGCAAAGAUUCCAGAAGGUGACAGAACCCCUUUAAAUUCUAUCUUAGAAUGCCUCUGUGCAUGUAUCCAUAGUGCUUACAAUUACACUGAAUUUAAUGCUGCUUUUCAAAACCUAGACCAAAAUAGUUCAACUUUUGUAGUCUUAAUUUAGAACUCCGUUUUGCAUUCCUUCUCAUGCAGUGUUUAUUGACCAAAUCAGGUCUGUUAUUCGUCUGUAUUGUUUUUCACUGAUUUGUAAUACAGCUAGAAAUGUUAUUUAUUGUGGGAUUGUUGUGCCACAAGGUUUAUAAUGCAGCCGCUCAAAUUGUUUCUUUAGACCUCGUUAUUAUCCUACAGUUCAGGCCUGGCUAUUAACUAAAUGGUGAAUUUGACAACUUAUUUGGGUCACAGCAGUGGAAUUGUCUAGUAUCCAGAGUCUUAAUUUAUACAGGUUUUUAUAUGUAAAAUAUUAAUUAUUUACUUUGUUUUUCUUAUCCUCAAAGGUGUUUGACUUCCUCUUGCUGCUCCGCGCUGAUUCUCUGCGCCGUGUUGGACUCCCUAAUAAGGACGGCGCUGUGCGUUUCAGCCCUUACUGUUUCUGUGAAAAUGUGUAAGUGACAAAUUAAUUUGCUUCAUUUCAAUGUGAAGACCUUUCAAUUCAUUGGGGGUUUUACAAUGGUAAAGGUUUUUAAAGUGUAGUAGAAGUAUUCUACAAGCAAGCAUGCUGUCAUUCCAGUGAAAUAGUGGAGAGGUGCUGGGUUUGUUGGAGUAAAUUCUAUUGGUCAAUGUGAAGGGCUCUAGGACCAUGUAGCAGGGUUGGUUCAAUAAAUAAAAAAUAAAAAAUUGAAUGCUGUCAAAUUUAUUUAUUUUUUUAUUUAUAACCCAUAAUUCAAUGCUUAUUAACAAAACGUUCCUACAUAACUUAUAUAGAAAUAUUUCCAAUUUACUGUAACGUAAAUGUAACAUGAAAUAUAUAAAGAACAUAUAUAAAAAAAAAAAACAAGUGCAAUCAGUGGGGCUCGGUAUUGGGCAUGAGGAUUUAUAUAUCCAAGGGAAUCUUAUUUGACCUAAAUAGAAAGUGGAGCACCCCUGGUUUACCUGUCCUAAUGUCCCAUCCCUAUGACAAGCUAGUUUGCAUUGUUUCUAUAUGCCGCCCAAGGGUGCCAAUAUACGCGAUGGGAAGUAAAUUUUCCCAAAGCAGGAAUAAAGUUAAAUUCCAUUGUGUCGUGAUGGUCUAUCUGGUUUAUCAAUUCUUGGCAGGAUGGAAAAAAAAUGGAUUUCCAGUUACGAGCUAGAAAUAAACCUAAAGGCAUAAAGUAUGUGUGUGAUUAGGUAUUUGUGUUUGUUUUUUGUUUUUGUUUUCUCCAUUAUUGGGAAGUCUAAAUUUAAAUAAUAAAAGGGAAGGUGGAAGUAUAAUGGUUUCGUGAAUUAAGUCCGCUAUCCGGGACACUAUAAAUGUCUUGGUGGUGUUUAGUAUCGGACAUGAAAUAUUGUGCCAACAUAGUGGUGAAUAAGCUUCAAAAAUAUUGAUGUAGUUUUGAAGGGACCUGAUACCAUCUAUAUAGGAUCUUUAGAUGAAGUUCUAUAAGGGAUAUACAUAUAUAUAUAUUUUUUUGUUUGAUAGUGGUUUGGUACCAUUCCUAUGGGGUGGAGAUUACAUUGAGAUCCUUUUCCCAUUGUUCUAUUGGUGAAAUUUUCAUAACGUCAUCCUCUCCAUCCAAAAGUUAAGAAGAUCUAGUUAUUAAACCUCUAGAAACAUAGAAUGUAAUGUCAGAUAAGAACCAUUCAGCCCAUCUAGUCUGCCCAAUUUUCUAAAUACUCUAGUACCUUGUUUAUCUAAAUAUCUGAAAAUAGGAUGUUCUAAAAAUAAUUUUUUUUAAUUCAGAUAGUGUUUAAUCCUUAAAUAUCAAAGUAUCACUAAAGGGUACAUUAGCCUCCAUUUAUGCAUAUCCAGAUCAAUCGGAUCAUAUUGUAAAGUUUCUAUAGGGGCAUAUAUAAGGAUAGAGUCUGAAAGAUUAAGUUUGCGUUUCAACUUUUUUAGUACUUCUGACAUACCCAUUAUUAUUAUUAGAUUUUUGAGGUUUUCUUUGCUUAAGUUUCCACAUAAACUGUUCUCUUGUUCUAUUUGGUACCAGGCGUUAUUCUGAAUAUUCGAGUUAGACCACAACAUUACAUUCGCAACUAAACAUGUUUUGAUCUAAUUUUGCAAUAUCAGAGAAUGAUACCACCCAUGUCAUAGUUAUUUUGUAAGAUCUUUUGAUAUAUUCUUGGGUGUUUAUUUGCCCAACUAAAAUUCAAAAAUAAUCUUUGGAAUUGUACUAUCUUAUCAUUGCUUAAUCUGAAGGGUAGAGAUCUAAAUAGAUAUAAUAAUUUUGAAAUAGAAUACGCAUUCACUAUAUUUAAGCGCCCCAACCAUAAGAUCUCAGUCUAGGUCCACUUGGACAGUUGCUUAUUAAUAUAAGAAUAGAGAUUAUCAUAGUUACAGCAUAUUAUAUUCCCAGAUACUCCUCCAUAUACUUCAGGUUCCUAUUAAACCAAAAUUUAGAUUUAAGUAUAGAUAGUUCAGCCUCCGACACAUUUAAAACCAUAAUUUGGGUUUUCUUUAUAUUAAUUUUAUAGUUUGAGAUGGUUCCAUUGAUUUAUUUUUUAAAACUUCUGGGAUAGAGAUUGCGGGUCUCACCAGGUACAGAAGCACAUCAUCUGCAAAUAGAGAGAUUUUAUAUUCCCGAUCAGCUGAUUUAAUCCCAUGUACUUCUUUGUUAUCUCUAAUCAUAAUAGCCAGUGGCUCAAUAGAUGAGAUGUAUAGUAAUGGGGCCAAUGGGCAGCCUUGCCUCAUGCCAUUUUUUUCUUGGAAAGGUAGAUAAUUCGAAAAAUUGAUUUAUAAUGUUCGCAGAUAGCUUUAUAUAUAAUGACAUGAUUUUAUCUUUUAAGGGGCCUCAGAAUCCAAAUUUAUUUAAUACUCUAUCUAAAAACCUCCCAUUUACCCUGUCAAAUGCCUUUUCUGUGUCAGUUGCCAAAAUGGCCAAUUCUGAAUUCGUAAGAUUGCUUUUAAUAUUCAAGUUGAGUAUUCUACGAAUAUCAUCUGUUGUACCUCUGUCCCUAAUGAAACUCAACUGGUCUAUUAUUUUUAUUAUUAUUAUUAUUAUUUUUAUUAUUAUGAUAUUUAUAUAGCGCCGUCAAAUUCCGCAGCGCUUUACAAUGGGUGGACGAACAGACAUGUAGUUGUAACCAGACAAGUUGGACACACAGGAACAGAGGGGUUGAGGGCCCUGCUCAAUGAGCUUACAUGCUAGAGGGAGUGGGGUAAAAUGACACAAAAAGGUAAGGAUAGUAUUAGACUAAUGACAGUUGCAGAAGAGGAAUCAGUUAGGAGCUAUUAAGAGUUUAAUUGAUACGCUUUUAUGAAGAAGUGGGUUUUUAACGAUUUUUUGAAGGAGUGGAGACUGGGUGAGCAUCUAACGGAGGAGGGAAGCGAGUUCCACAGGAACGGUGCAGCCCUCGAGAAAUCUUGAAGGCGAGCAUCAGAGGUGGGAAUACGGACAGAAGAUAGACGUAAGUCUUCAGCAGAUCGUAAGGGCCUAGACGGGACAUACUUGUGUAUAAGGGAGGAUAGAUAGGUGGGAGCAGCAUUAUGUAGAGAUUUGAAAGCAAGAACCAGAAUUUUAAAUUGAGCUCUAUAUUUUAUAGGAAGCCAAUGUAGGGACUGACAGAGAGGUGAGGCAUGGGAGUUGAGGGCGGACAGGAAGAUGAGCCUCGCCGCCGCAUUCAUUAUUGUAGCGGAACGCCAAUAAUAAAUCCACGAAUUCCGCUGGUUCAGAAACGAAUCCACAGUCAAGCGCUGAAACAACAAGGCAAUAUCCCCAACCUCCCAAUAACCGGACGAGACACAGUUUUGGGAGUCAACUGAAAUCCUUUUAAUCGGCAGGACAAUUUAUACAAGUCCCCAUGCAAGGGGUUUCCUGAGUCCCUCCCUAGGGGCACUCCCAGAGGGGACUACAUGGGGGACUUACACGACAACAUAUUUCUCCCAUCAGGCACCGCUGCACGAGAGGGAUCAUUCUCCCAGAAUGCACCGUUAAGGGGAUUAUCCCCUCGUGCAGCAGAACCGACAAUUUAUACAAAAAUACAUAACUGGUUAAAUACACGGUGGUUUUACACGAACGGACGUUCGGUAGAUAGCUGGGGUCUGAGCGCAUCAUUCGUGAGAUUGCCGCUCAGAUCCCAGCUAAAAUAACCGAACGCCGCACAGAAAACACAUUUCUUUUAAAACAUACGCAAAGAACCGAUUACUUCUAGUGAACAUGAUCCUGAAACUCCCGAACGUCCUGGAGGCUCAGCGGUGUUCGUGCCGUCGAAUAGCUAUUGGUAAUACUAUGCGUUCGACAACUCGGUCCCGCUGAGGAACAAGGGAUCCAAGAUGGCCGACCGCCGCAUGGUCGGUAGUCGAACGACGGCCACCCAGGAGAGCCUCUAAUAACCGAUUGCAACAAUGUUGCAAUCGGUUAACUAGCGCCACACGCCUCUAAGUGUGUGGGCUAUUAGGGGGUAUCGCGUUCGGUUCACGAACGGCUUUCUAAAGUGCCGUUCGUGAAACGAAAGAAAAUCCCCAUACAAAACCGCUGUUUGCAUUCGGCGGAAACAGCAGUACAGGCAAUACAGAAAAUACAUUAGCAUAUACAUAAGUGUAAAGCGCAUAUCUCGCCAGACCUAUUGGCAACCCUUAAAGGCACAGUCUCCAAUUAUAGUCCAAGUGGCUAGGUUUGCCACAAUGCUCCCCCAGAACCAAGCCGGCAUACACAGUCUGAUCCCAACGGAUCGGCUUGGGGAUGUCCGGAGGAGUUCUCACAGAUCAUUUCUCAAGGUCUGUUUGUCUGGACAACCCGUCGGCGUUACCGUUUUGUUUCCCUGGGCGAUAAUGAAUUGUAAAGUCAAAGGGCUGCAGCGCCAAACUCCAGCGCAGCAGCCUGGCAUUGUCUCCAGCCACACGGUUUAGCCACACCAACGGGUUGUGAUCUGUGAGCAAAGAAAAGGGUUGCCCAUAGAGAUAUGGCUGUAACUUUUUCAGGGCCCACUCCACGGCCAGGCAUUCUUUUUCUAUGGCGGCGUAGCUCACCUCUCGGGGUAACAAUUUCCGACUCCAGUAUGCUACGGGGUGUUCUCCGCCAUCGGCUCCAACCUGGCUCAGUACUGCUCCCAAUCCAAACAUUGAGGCGUCUGUGUGAACAAGAAAACGUUUAGUUGGAUCAGGAGCAGCCAGUACAGGGGCAUUGGUCAGAGCCGUCUUCAGUUGGUUGAAUGCCUGUUCACACUCUGGGGCCCAGACGACCUGCCUGGGCAGGUUUUAAUUCGUCAAAUCAGUCAGGGGUUUGGCCAGAGCACUGUAAUUUGGCACAAAUUUUCUGUAAUACCCUGCGGUACCUAGGAAAGCAAGGACUUGGGUUUUGGUCCUAGGGGUAGGCCACUGGGCUACAGCUUCAAUCUUUGCGGGCUCAGGCUUCUGCUGCCCGCUACCAACCCGGUGUCCUAAGUACUGGACCUCUGCCAUCCCUAUGUGGCAUUUGCUGGGUUUCAAGGUAAGCCCUGCCUCUCGGAUCCGAUCUAUUACCGCCCCUAUGUGUUGUAGGUGCUAUGACCAGGUCUGACUGUAGAUGGCAAUAUCGUCCAGGUAUGCACACGCAUAGUCCUGGAACCCGUCCAGUAGCCGAUCCACCAUCCGCUGGAAUGUUGCGGGGGCGUUCUUCAUCCCGAAUGGCAUGACUCGAAAUUGGUACAAGCCAAACUGGGUGACAAACGCCGACUUAGGGAUGGCGUCCUCGGCUAGUGGAAUUUGCCAGUAUCCCUUACACAAAUCUAUGGUAGUGAGAUACUGACCCCUGGCCAUCCUAUCAAGCAGUUCGUCUAUCCGAGGCAUCGGGUAGGCGUCCGACGCAGUUUUGUCGUUCAACCUCCGGUAGUCCACGCAGAACCGGGUGGUACCAUCUUUCUUGGGAACCAGGACUACCGGCGAUGCCCAGGGGCUAUCUGAAUGUUCGAUAACCCCCAACUGCAACAUCUCCUCAAUCUCUUUCCUCAUAUGUUCCCGCACGGAUUCAGGAAUCCGAUAUGGGGUUUGUCGCAUGGGAAGCUGUCCCGGGGUUUCUACUCGGUGAGUGGCUAGUGGCGUGUACCCAGGUAAGUUAGAAAAGGUGGCACUCUUGGCCGCUAUCAAUUCUUGUACCUGGGUACGCUCUUGAGGACUUAGCCGCUCCCCCAGCUGAACCCCCUGGGAGGGUUCCUUCUGCUCCUCCUGCUCUAAUAGAUCUGGGAGAGGCAAGUUCUCCUGAUCUUCUGAGGCGGGCGUGCAGAUAGCUGCCACGUCCUCAGUUCGCUCGUGGUAGGGUUUGAGCAUAUUUACAUGGAUCAUGCGUCUCUUCCCUACUCCGGAGCACGGGCCGAUCACAUAGGUGGUGUCGCAUCUCUGCUCUACCACCUGGUAUGGGCCCUGCCAGACGGCCUGCAGUUUAUCGGUGCGGACAGGUUUGAGGAUUAGCACCUUCUGUCCCACUUGAAAACUACGGUCUCUGGCCCCUCUGUCAUACCAACGACGCUGCCGUUGUUGGGCGGCCUGGAGGUUGGUGCGCACUGCCUGGGUCAAUUCCUCCAGGCGAUCCCGGAACGCCAGCAUGUAUGGUACAAUAGGGGUCCCAUCUGCGCUGCUCUCUCACUCCCAAUGUUCUCUAAUGAGAUCCAACGGUCCCCGGACCCUUCUCCCAAACAACAGUUCAAAUGGGGAGAAACCCGUAGACUCUUGGGGUACCUCUCUGUACGCAAACAACAGAUGGGGAAGGAAUCGUUCCCAGUCCUUAUGGGUCUCUCCGAAUGUCCGGAGCAUCUGUUUUAGGGUACCGUUGAAUCUCUCACAUAAUCCAUUGGAUUGCGGGUGGUAGGCGGAGUUAAUGAUCGGCUUAAUGCCACAUAUCCUCCAUAACUGCUGAGUAACCUCAGCCGUGAAUUGGGUCCCCCUAUCGGAGACCAUUUCCUGUGGGAACCCUACUCGGGAGAAUAUCUUCAUCAAGGCUUCGGCUACGGUCUCAGCGUGUAUAUUAGUUAGGGCAAUCGCCUCGGGGUACCGGGUGGCGUAAUCCACCACGGUCAGGAUAUACCGUUUCCCAGAGGGGCUGGGUUUUGGUAGUGGCCCUACUAUAUCUACUGCUACACGGCUGAACGGGUCCUCAAUUAUAGGUAGGGGACAUAGUUUUGCCUUGUGGCGAUCCCCCCUUUUGCCUACCCUCUGGCACACAUCACAGGAGGUACAAUAUUGCCUCACGUCUUUAGAAAUCCCGGGCCAAAAGAAAGCGUGCGUUAAGCGAUACCGGGUCCGGGUCAUUCCUAAAUGGCCAGACAGAGGGAUAUCAUGGGCUAUUCUAAGUAACUCCUGCCUAUACUUCUGGGGCACUACCAGCUGUUUGGUUUGGAGCGUCACAGAGUUGCCUAUUGCCCUUUCUGCCACCCGGUACAGUAACUUCUUUUCCCACACGUACCGUUCUCCCUCCCGCCCCACCUGGUCCGUGUCUACCCUAUCUCGGUACACCUGCAGUGUGGGGUCUGUCUGAACCUCAGCUUCAAAAGUGGUCGGGGUGUCCCAAGUCAUGUCUGUCACGGGGGGGUCAUGGUGUCUUACCUGCGCCUCAGAGUGUGCGGGAGAUGCCGUGGUGCGAGCCUGUUGCCGGGUGGUUACCCGAUGCGCCUCUUGUGAAGGGGCCUGGGGUAGAAAAGCGGAAGUCAUCUGGCCCAAGUCAUUCCCCAAAACAACAUCGGCCGGUAAUUUCUUCAUUAUGGCCACUUCCACAACCCCCUCCCCAGCACCCCAGUUCAAAUGCACCUUGGCCGUGGGUAACCGGUACAUGGCUCCCCCUGCUACCCGGACCGCCACUGAUCCGCCAGUGUGGGCCGCAUCUGGAAUUAAAUGGGGGGCCACUAGGGUCAAGGUGGCUCCCGAGUCCCGCAGCCCCUGCACUUCUUUCCCUCCCACAAUCACAACUUGGCGGUGAUGCUGCCGGUUGUCCGUGGCUUGCACAGACAUCACUUCAUACAGAACCCCCAAUGGUUCCUCAGUUGGUAGACUUGCCAGCUCCGAGUGGUCAGGUUCUGUGUGGUAAAAAUGGGCCGCCGCCCUUGGAGCGGAGUUUUGCCGUACCUGGUUCCACGCCUGCCUGCUCCGAUUCUGGGUGCACUCCCGGGACAUAUGCCCCCACUGCCGGCAGGUAUGGCAUUGUAUGUUGGCCCUGCCAUUGUAGCGGGCUGGCGGUGGGGGGUUUCCUGGUGGUGGCCUGAAUGGAGUAGAGUUGGCGGGUGUGGGGCUGGCUGGGUGGUGUUGUAUUGGCGGUCUUAGGGGACCCCUGUUGGUGAGCCUGUGGUGCCUCCGGGCAUCAAAGUGUUCGUCUGCCAAUCGGGCGGCUGCUGUGAGGGUGAGAGGUUUUCUGUCCCUUACCCACUCCUGUGCCUCUGGUGACAGACCGUUGAAGAAUUGCUCCAGCAAGAUGAGUUGGCGCAGUUCCUCCAUGGUUGUGGCUUGACUUGCCUGAAUCCACCCUUGUGAAGCUUGGUCCAGCUUAUGCGCCCAUUCUGCGUGGGAAUCUCUUUCGGGCUUUUUCAAUCCCCGAAAUUUCCGCCGGUAUGCCUCUGGGGUUAUGGCAUAUCUUUCUAGGAUUGCCCUUUUUACUUUAAAAUAGUCCUUGCUGUCCUCUCUGGGCACAGCGCGGUAAGCCUCUGCUGCUCGUCCCGCCAAUUUGCCUGCCAGUAGGGGUACCCACAUUGCCGGUUCCAGGUCGUGUAGGUCGCAUAACCUCUCGAAAUCCUGCAGGUAUCCGUCUAUCUCAUCCUUCUCCUCGCAGAAUGCUUUAAAUGCCUGGUACGGUAUUUUCUGCUUUGUUGGAGGGCAGAAUGAGUUGGCGAUGGAUUCUGCCCUGGAUGGUGACCUCUGGUGCUGCUGUGCCAUAAUGUAGUCCUGGACGUCAGCCAUUAGUACGGUCAGGAUGUCCAGGGUUACUGGCUGGGGUACAAAUUCUAACCGGGUUCUCAGUUCCCUCUGGUACGGGGUUUCCUCCCUGGCAGGUGGGGGUGGACUGCUGUGCGCUUGGUCGCCCUCCAUCAGCUCUGCAAUUAGCACUGCUUUCGAUUUGUUGCUAGCGCUUUUCCCUCUAGCCUCCAGCAGUUCCUUUAGCGUCUGCCUCUUUAACGCAGUGUAAUCCGUCCCCAUUCACUGCUCGCUUUCGUCUGCUUGUUUCAUACGAAUUGCCUUUCCGUUCGGUUGUUCCUUUCAUUCGAAUGCGCUGUAUUCGGCUGUAGAGUUGGAUCCCGUCGCUUGCCACCAAUUGUAGCGGAACGCCAAUAAUAAAUCCACGAAUUCCGCUGGUUCAGAAACGAAUCCACAGUCAAGCGCUGAAACAACAAGGCAAUAUCCCCAACCUCCCAAUAACCGGACGAGACACAGUUUUGGGAGUCAACUGAAAUCCUUUUAAUCGGCAGGACAAUUUAUACAAGUCCCCAUGCAAGGGGUUUCCUGAGUCCCUCCCCAGGGGCACUCCCAGAGGGGACUACAUGGGGGACUUACACGACAACAUAUUUCUCCCAUCAGGCACCGCUGCACGAGAGGGAUCAUCCUCCCAGAAUGCACCGUUAAGGGGAUUAUCCCCUCGUGCAGCAGAACCGACAAUUUAUACAAAAAUACAUAACUGGUUAAAUACACGGUGGAUUUACACGAACGGACGUUCGGUAGAUAGCUGGGGUCUGAGCGCAUCAUUCGUGAGAUUGCCGCUCAGAUCCCAGCUAAAAUAACCGAACGCCGCACAGAAAACACAUUUCUUUUAAAACAUACGCAAAGAACCGAUUACUUCUAGUGAACAUGAUCCUGAAACUCCCGAACGUCCUGGAGGCUCAGCGGUGUUCGUGCCGUCGAAUAGCUAUUGGUAAUACUAUGCGUUCGACAACUCGGUCCCGCUGAGGAACAAGGGAUCCAAGAUGGCCGACCGCCGCAUGGUCGGUAGUCGAACGACGGCCACCCAGGAGAGCCUCUAAUAACCGAUUGCAACAAUGUUGCAAUCGGUUAACUAGCGCCACACGCCUCUAAGUGUGUGGGCUAUUAGGGGGUAUCGCGUUCGGUUCACGAACGGCUUUCUAAAGUGCCGUUCGUGAAACGAAAGAAAAUCCCCAUACAAAACCGCUGUUUGCAUUCGGCGGAAACAGCAGUACAGGCAAUACAGAAAAUACAUUAGCAUAUACAUAAGUGUAAAGCGCAUAUCUCGCCAGACCUAUUGGCAACCCUUAAAGGCACAGUCUCCAAUUAUAGUCCAAGUGGCUAGGUUUGCCACAAUUAUGGACUGUAACGGCACUAGUUGGGAGCACGUAAAACCACUGAGAAGUGGAUUACAGUAGUCAAGGCGAGAAAGGACAGUCUACCGCAACUAUAUCAGAAAUAACUGCUUUCAAUCUGUUUGCUAAAAUGUGAGAAUACAUUUUUAAAUCUAGAUUUAUUAAAGAAAUCUGUCUAUAAUUUAUUGUAUUCGUGGGAUUUUUUUCCUGUUUUGGGAAUCGGAAUAAUAGAUGCUAACAGCAUCUCUUUAGGGAAAGGAUUGGUAAUUGAGACUUAAAAAAAAUAAAAUAAUAAUAGUAUCGGGGCCAAAAUAUCAACAAAGGUUUUAUAAAAUAACGUAGAAAAGCCGUCCGGUCCAGGGGCUUUAUUGGCUUUAAGUUUUUUUUAUUUUUAUUGGUUUAAAUAUUUCUGAAAAAGUAAUAGGAGCAUUAGAGUUUUUCGGGAGAAAUUUCCAGUAUAGCAAGUUUAUUCAAAAACCCAACUAUAUCCAAGGUUGGAACCUUUAGGAUCUGGUAGAUUGUAUAAAGCGUAAUAAGAGUCUACAAAGGCCUGAGAUAUUUCCUUAGGGUUUAACAAGCAUUUAUCUCCUAUUAUGUUUUUUAUCUUUGGAAGUAUUUUUUAAUCUGCUCGUAAACUUUUUAUUUGCUCUAUUAUUGUGGUACCUUUUUUGCUUGAGAAAAAUAAUAGAUUUAUUUGCCUCAUCCAAGAGCUUUUUAUUAAUAUGUUUCAAGCGUCUAAUUUAAUUAGUGAUAUCUAGGGUUAUUUGGAACUUAUUUUCUCUUUCAAACUUGGCCAGCUUAAUUUAUAGUUUGGAAAUAUUUUCUUCUGUGUUUUAUUUUAUUUUUUAUUUUUUUGUCUCAAGCCUGCUUUAAUUCGAUCCCCUCUAGUAAAACGUUUACAUUUGCACCAAACAGUAGAGAGGUUGCUACUUCUCCAUUAUCAUUCAAUUGAAUAAAAUGCUUCAUGUCCGUAGCUCUUUCAGCGGUUACCUCCUCAAUUUGUAAAAGACUUUCAUUCAGUCUCCAUCUGUUUCUGAUUCUGAAAGCAGAUGAAAAUUUAAAUGUUAAUAAAACUGGGGCAUGAUAAGAUAAAAUAAUUGAGCCAAUCUUGGAAUCCAUAAUCUGAUCUAAUAAAGCGGGACUAACAAAAAAAAAAGUCAAUCCGAGAGUAGGUCUGAUGGACAUGAGAAAAAUGGGUAUGAUCUCUCGAUUGUGGGUUAAAGGUUCUUCUAUAAAGUUUUAAAUUGGGAACACAAUUGAAAUCGCCGCCAAUAAUUGUUUUCACACUUAAUUUUCUGAGCACAAUCCUCCAGAAAAACCCAUUGAGAAAUCGACAGGGGCAUAUACAUUCACCAAAGUAAAUAUUGUCAUUUAUCUUGGAUAUUAAAAGUAAAAAUCUACAGUUUAUGUUGAUUUCCGAAUGUAUAUAUUAAAAUGUAAGAUUUUUUUUUUUUUUUUUACAAAACGGCUAUUCCUCAUCUUUUACAGUUACCUUCAAGAUUGGCAUAGUAUAUAACAGGAAAAUAAUUAAAUUGCCAUAAUUUAUCAGGAGGAGAUACCCAAUGGUUUUCCUGGAUAAAGGCUAUAUCUACCUUAUUUUUCUUUAAAAGUUUACUCAACGCCCCCAGUUUCUGGGGUGAAUUAAGCCCUUGGAUAUUCCAAGAUACACAAUGAAGUGUCAUCUAAAAGCAUCAUAUAAUAGAAUCCCAAUAUUGCAGUCCUACAACAAUAACAAACAUUAAAAAAAAGUAGAAGAUAUCUUCAUGUUCAACUGAAACUUGCAACCUUUCUACGCAGGUAGUGAGGUUUAAAUGGCACUUCCUACAAUAAAGGCAAACAAACAACAAUUUUUAUGAAUUAUUAGUGAGUAGCAGUGGAUUGAUUUUCUCUUUAUAACUUUGGAAUUCAAGUAAAUGAAUAGUUCCUAUACUGCAAAAAUUAAAAUAAACUUAUAGAUUUCAAUAGGGUAUGGAGUUAACCUCGAUCCAUGUUAAAGGUCCUAUAUAGUGAAAUAGUAUGUAUACUUCCUAUACUGAAGAAGUGGUGAAAUUUUUUUUUUUCUCAAUGUCUUAUUUCAGGGUUAUUUACGAAGGUGAAUUCAAAUUUUAAGGUGAAAAAUGUUGGGUGUAUAACUUUGACCGUAUGAGGUAAUCAUAUUGUAGGCGCAAAAUAGAAGUAAAUUAAGUAAUCAUGUAGACUGGAUAUGCCACUUUGACAGAGUGGUUAAUGCAAAGUUAUGCUCCUCAGUGGAUCUAACUUUUGGCCACCUCAGUUCUAGAUCCGUUUUACUCCAGUCACCUGAUCCUUCUGUGCUCUAAGUGACGCAUGGCUUUAAAAAAUUUUUUUCCUGUUUAUUUUUUCCAUCCCUCUAGGAACGAUGCUGAGAAAAAUCAGAGUGAUGGAAAACAAGCCGGCACUUUAUCUCCCCCUGCAGGAAGUCAGAGUCUUCCACCGCAGAGCGGGGCUCAACGCAUGGGUUUUCUGCCAUAUUCCUUGGCCUUUGGGGUCCUACUGCAGUGCCUUAAGCAGGUUGGUAUUGAGCCUGGGCUUUUCUUGAAUCUCAGAAUGUCCUAGAUUUGUUUGUUUGCUUGGGAGUUUUCCUUUAUUUUUAAAGGUGUUUUUUUGUUUUUGUUUUAUGUAAAACUUUAUUUAGAUUUGCAGGAUGGGCAAACUGAGCCAGGGCCUAAAUUGUAAAGGGUACAUGUAUCAUACACAUCUAGAUGAACAACAAAGAGAACGAUGGAUUAGGGAAAAAGGGGUGACAAUAGAAAAAUAUCUGGCAUUACUAUGGACCAACGCUGUAAUGGUUCCAAAACCAGCAAGGUCCAGUCUCUUCAAUCUGAUAUUACAGAAAUUAAAAUGAAGACUUAAUAAGCUGUAAGGCAGUAAUCUCCAACAGCCCUCUGAUGCCCAAGAUGUUCAUCUCCGACUCCAAGAACUCUUUGAAUGCCGUGGAUACCCAGAGGAUCAUAGAGGUUGUAGUUCAGCCACAUCCGGGGGAUAUGGUUUAAGAUUUUUGGUCUAAAGAACUCUAUUCUGUUUGCUUUGAUUCACAAAAUUAUAUAUAUAUAUAUAUAUUUUUUUUUUUUUUUGGUGGUUCAGUCUUAUGUUUCCGUCUGAAAUCUUAUCCUGCAGGAAACGGACUGGAAAGUACUGAAACUGGUCCUCAACAAACUCCCAGAGUGUCUCCGCUACAAGAUUCUUAUCCUGUCCUCUCCUUGCAACGUUGAUGAGCUUUCUACACUACUCUGCACUAUGGUGAGCUGUUAGCCAGCACUUUGUUCUCUGUGUGUCUUUGUGAAUAUAUUUAUAAAUAUGCUCUUCCCCCUUAGCUCUCUGACCGGACAGCGAGUGAUCGUCUUUACAACACUCCUGACGGCUUUUCCCGAACUGAUUUGCAGUUGGCUGUAGUUCCUGUAUUGACGGCGUUGACUUCUUACCACCCAUAUCUAGACAUCGCUAAGCAGGUACUCUUUGUUAAAUUGUGUUUUAAAUAAACAUCAAUCGAUCGCUAGUACAUUUACAAAAUAACAAACUCUUUUGAGUUUCAAAUUGAAAAUUAAAGGGGAGAUGAAGCAAACUUUUUUUUUUUUUUUAAUUCUCCUUCCUCCCGAAGCUUUUCGAAAACUAUUGUGUAAAUAUUAUUUUUUGCAUGAUUUCGCACCAACCACCCUAUGUGGUGGGUUUUUUUUGUGUGAUUCCUAUGAACACACCAAGAAAGUGCUUUAGAUGUCUCUACUAUUGCAUGUAUAUUAAGGGACAGGAGGCAAAUACAGAUAAACGUUAAAAUAGGUUUGACAGAUGCCAGAGUACUCCAGCCACUCGUAGUUCACCCCUUCUACAGUGACGAUAUCCAUUACAUAUUGAACUUCUGAUUUAGCUAUAUAUGUGAAAUCUCCAUAGAGCUCUGUAAAGAGGGGCUUGGUGAUGUCCUGAAAUGUACUGACACCAGGGGACUACUGACACCAUGCCAAUUACUGCAUGCUAGAACGUUAGAGUGCCAAUUUAAGUUUCUGUUGAGUGCUGUCUGUGCACGAGGGUACCAGAAAGAUUGUGGUGAGGCUAAACUCCAUAACAUCCCCCACAGUACCUGUGAAAGUUUGUUUAUUUUCAGAGGGAAAUGAUCCGGGCCCUAGAACAUGGCUUGAUCUAUCGCUGCGCCAAGCAAUGUGUGGUGGCAUUAUCCAUGUGCAUGAUCGAGAUGCCAGUGAUCCUGUUUAAAUCCCUUCCUGUCCUCAUUGUGAAGCUGACCCACAUCUCUGCUACUGUCACCAUGGCCAUUCCUAUGUUGGAGUUUCUAUCGAGUGAGUUUUUACACUAUCUUUUUCUUCCGUUCUUUUGUGUGUGUGUGUGUGUGUGUAUCACAUUUGCUGUUCUUUGCUUUAAUAAGGAACACUUAUUCCAGUAUAACUGGAUUUGCGCUGUAUAUAACCUAAACCUUCUUUUCUGGAAUGUUAUCUCUCCCCUUUUAGCCCUGGUCAGACUCACCCACCUUUACGGGAACUUUGCGGCAGAGCAAUAUGCCAGCGUCUUUGCCAUCUCUCUGCCAUACACCAAUCCAUCCAGGUGAGUUUCUAAUGAGAUUCAAACUUCGCAGAAAUCCAUGUGCUUAAGAUUUGUUAUUUUAAAAUAAAACAAUUGCUGGAAACUCCAGAUUUCACAUACUAUUGUCCCUUUUUUUCCAGUGUGGCUAUUUUUUUUUUUUUUCCUCUCUGUUUAGGUUUAAUCAAUAUAUAGUGUUCCUGGCACACCAUGUAAUCUCGAUGUGGUUUAUCCGGUGCAGACUGUCACUGAGGAGAGACUUUGUGCCAUAUAUAACAAAGGUAAAUAUUGCUGUCUUUACUGGUGAUUGGACUGCAACAUAAAUGCACUUUGCAUUAGUGAUUAUCUAGUUGCCAUUGUUAAACCUGGAGUCACUGAUUCCUCUCUAAGCAGUUGCUUGGAAGUUUGGGGGGGGGGAAAGAAAUACAUUUUUUUUUUUUUUUUGUGUGACACACCUUCAAUGCUUUAAAUGGACACUAUAGGCACCCAGACCACUUCAGCUCAUUGAAGUGGUCUGGUUGCAUAUUCCCAGAUCCCUUAACUGUGCAGUGGUAAUUAUUGCAGUUUUUUCAUAAACUGCAAUACUUGCCUGCCGGGGUUAACUCCACCUACUCCUCCUCUACCAGGCAGCCACUAGAGGGACUUCCGGGUCGUUAAGCUGGACGUCCUCACGCUAUGCAUGCUGACCUGCACUGGGAAUUAUGUGCAGCUGCUGCAGGUUAAAGCAAUUCCACUUCAUGUAGCGUUUAGACACCAGACCGUUGGUGCACUCCAAGUCCCACAGAAUGAUAUAAUCACAAGUAAUUGGAUAGCUUGUUGGCUAAAAAAAACAGUGGUAUGGGUGUGAACAUAGAAUUUAAAGUUUACAAGUCUAUAAGAUUUGCUUUGCAGUGCCAUAACCUCUGCAGGGAACUCUAGUAUUUGUAUCUAGUGUCCCUUUAAAUACCAUUCCUGUAGAACUUUGCAGGGUCUCCUUCAGUGCUGUUUGACACGUGUACGUGUUUGCUUAUUUUUCAACAUGGAAAGUUGUACAUCCUCAUGUUUGUGUGGCAGUGUCAGCCAAAGAGAAAAAAAAGCAUUGUCUGUAUGGUAUGUCCAGCCCUUUUUAUGCUUUGUACUAUUUAAGUUUUAGUUAUGUUAUUUCAAUAAACAAAUGAUUUAAAAUAAUUUUAAACAAAAUUCAGUUUGAAUGAUAUUUAAAAGGACACUAUAGGCACCAAAACAACUUUAACUAAAUUAAUAAAACAGAUUGGGUGUAUAGAUCAUGUCCCUACUGUCUCACUGCGCAAUUCUCUGCCAUUUAGGAGUUAAAUCACGUUGUUCAUGCAGCCCUACUCACACCUUCCUGCAUGUGACUUGCACCGCCUUCCUAAACACUUCCUGUAAAGGCACAUAGUUUUAGUCUGUUUUGAUUUAUUUUCUGCUCUGCUAAUAACUUUCUAAAGCAUACAGGGGCUUCAUGUGCGUGUGUGAUAUCAAAGUUUAAUUUACAGAGCAGGAUAUACAAACUUCUAAAGCAAGUUAAGAUCGGAUUGAAAAUGAAACCAUUUUUUGCAUGCAAACUGUAUGAGUCACAGCCAGGGGAGGUGUGGCCAGGGUUGCUUAAACAAAGUGCUCUAACUCCUAAAUAGAAGAGAAUUGAGCAGCGAGACAGCAGGGGAAUGAUCUAUACACUAAUCAUUAAAUUAAAGUUGCUUUGAUGCCUUUAGUGUCCCUUUAAGACAAAAGAUGUUUCUUCGCCUCUUUCAGCGUCCUGUAAAAGUAAAUCCCCUCUAUCCAUUAACUAUUAUAAACGGCAACUGAAUUGUACUCAUCCCACCUUAGGGUUUGCGUUCCAAUGUCCUGCUGAGCUUCGAUGAUACACCCGAAAAAGGGAGUUUCCGAGCACGUAGCACCAGCCUCAAUGAGAGGCCUAAAAGGUAUUUGUUUCUAAGGAAUGAGAUUGUCUUCGUGUCCCGUUCUUACUGUGAAGAGUAAAUGUUUGUUGCCAUUCUAGCUCUGUAUUAAAAUCUCUGUUCAAAAUGUGUUCUCGAUAUCUUGGAGCGUGGGAACAACUGUUACCUUUUAAAUGUUUUUAAUUAGCAGUAGUUUUUUUUUUUUUUUGUCCUUUCCAGUACCCAUAGCCCAUCCCUCUUUAGCUGCCCUGAUAAACAGGGAUUGCAGUUUUUGUCUGUCGGAUGGCAUCGCUUUUGAUAAUGCAGUAUUGUAGUUUUGAAUGAAAGGGGGGUGGGGGGGUGGGAGGGGGCAGGUUAUGGGUGCAAGGGAGAGUCCUGAAGUUUAAUUAAAAUUUUUUUACAAAGUAUAUGGCAUUACAUUCAUAGACUCAUGGCACCAGUGUACCAUUUUAAUAUUCAUAAUGAUUAAUAUUCACAUUGAUCAAUUUCAUUUUCACAACGGCAGACCUAAUAGUGAGAUGUUUCCAUUUUGAAAUCUAUAAAAAGGAAAUGCAGGCUAUACACCAAACUGUGGAUUGUCUAAAGUAAACUGUGAAAUUCAAAUGUCACGAUAAAAUAACUGAGAAGUAAAGUUUGCUGAAUUGCAGAAUGUUUCCAAUUUGUCUUCUGUCUGUAAUUCCCAACAAUUCAUGUUUUAAUGAUGAAUUCUGCUCGUCCCCAAGUCUGGCAGUUUUUUUAACGUUUAAAUUUGCAUUUUAAAAAUACAGGAUUUAAUUUUUCACUAUGUUUAAAAGUGGCUUCAAAUCUUACAAUGCUCUGAAUGCAUUAAAAUAAUAGUUUAAAAAAAAUAAAAGAGGAAUACCGUUCCUCGGUGAAUCGCUGUUUAUUUGGGUUUUCCUGUAGCUGGUCCUCUAUCAUAUCAGUUCGAGACCUACGCUCAGAAGUGUCUAAUUCUGGUCUAUAGGGCCAGAUCUUUGUCAUUAACCAUUGUCCAGUAGAGUUUUAUGGAAUAAUAAGUUUAUCAACAAAGAACAGUUACACUCAUCACAUUGUAUGAGUGAAACUGCUAUAUUAGACGGCUGCCAUAUUGUGGUUGCUAUCAAUUUGCAAACAGCCCAAUUCACUAUUUAACCAUUCUAUUAUCAGCUGGUCAAGCUGAUCCCAUUCUCAAUCAGAAAAUAAGAUCCCCAAACCGUUACCGAUCUGUAUUUCAGCAGUUUUUAAUCAACUGUUGCUUAACGUCUUUCUGCGUAUUUCCCCGACCUUAUAUCAAAUGUGUUCAUUUCUACCAUUUUGGACUUUAGUGGGUAUUUAAGCCAACGACAAGCCCAUUCAUUCUCUUGCUAGAUAUUUGCUUACAUGGUAGAAUUUUAUAUAAAAACUGUUAAUGGUGUAAAAUAGAACACCGUUGCAGUAUUGUGCUUUUUAUUUUGUUUUUCAAUGUCUUGUAAUUCUUAUUGCUGUUGUCGUUUUCCCUCUGAUUUCAAAGCACCAUCUGUGAUAUCUGGGUGAUUGAUAUGAAAUUAAAUAGCUCACUAGAGUUUCUUACUGCUGUUCGAAAUUAAUCUAUAUUUACUGAAACUCUUUUUAAAAAGAACCAUCCGUCUCCAGGAAGAGAGCAUUUUUUGUGAUGAAUCAUGUUCUUUUUAAAUGCAAUAUUAAAAUCUGCUCAUCCCAGUUCAGUCCCGGCAUGGCCAUAGCACAAACUGCAAUGGGGGAGAUUUAGCAAAUGCGUUAUUUUCUAAAAAGCGAUCUUAAGCACUGAAAGUUGGGGAACCACCCAAACAGGUUGCUAAAUCUCCCCCAUUGUCUUCGUUUCUCCUUUGCUACUUCACAGUGUUCAGUGAUUGUAAACCCAGCGGUUAUGCGAUGGAGAUACUUGGCUUAAAGAUGGUGGUAAUAUUAAAAUGUAGCAAUCCAAACCUAACAUUUAAAGAUCCCGUGAAGUGUAUGUUCCCCUCUAAUCUCUGAAGCCCUUUAUUAUAAUGUAUUAAUUCUAAUACUGAAUCCAAAGUCUUCUGUUACAUCACGAAUGAUGCCAAAUCUUUUACCAAUCCGGUCCCCAUCACACAUGGUGCAGGCUUGUGAUAUCAGGGGCUGUUGGCUUUCCAUUCAUUCUUUGCUCAUAUAUUUAAUUUCUGCUUUCUCAUUUGUGGAUUUUUGUUUUUUUGUUUUGUUUUCUGUUUUUCCUCUAUGAUGUUCCCAAAAUUCUGACUUCCACGGCUAUCUGGCGUUUACCCACUCUACGUCUAUUCACUGAAUCCACCUGCAUCCUGUGCGUUACGGGUGGGGUGAAUUAUUUAAAAAAACAACUUUUUUUUUUUUUUUUCUUCCAUUCCAUGAAAUAUGGUUUGGUUGGUGAGCAUUUUCUUCUCCCUCCCCUGCAUUUUGAAUGGGUAGCUUGAAGCUAUCCAGACCCACAAAGACAAGCUUGAGUGACACCUCCCCAGUUAAAGAAAUGAGGGACCUUUCCAACGCAUUCCGAUCUCGCAGCAUCAGUGUAUCGGAACGCGCUGCGUACAGGUAGUGAUAACCUAUGUAAUGAUGGAUGGGGGUGGGGAAAACAAAACUCUGCCUGAGCCCAGUGGGGAGGGGAUAUGAAAUGCAUGCUGGGAAUGUUGCAUGACCGGUGUAGACAAUAGAGCACAUUUCAUAACCUUUCUUGACGUGGACCUCACAACCCACAGAAAUGCACGUUGCUCUGAACUCCCAAACUGUCUUAACAGUUUGGUUUUAUUCCGUCUGAUUUUGUAGAUUUAACUAAUAAAACACAUUCCGUACAGAGAAGAUUGCAAUCCGAUUUAGACAACAAAAGACUGACCCUUAAACAAAAUAUAUAAUUAUAAUCAAAGGGCCAUGUGUUAUUGUUUAUAUUUAAAUCUUUACUCCUUCUUCCUAGUUGUAGAGUAAAACUCUAUUAAAACCAUUAACAUGUAGUGGAUGAUUUUAGGAAUCUUAUUGAACUGAAAGACUUUGUAUGAUUCAGAGUGCAAUCUUUUCUUAUUGUUAGUAGAAUAUGGUAUGCUUUUUGCAUGAUGGUUGUUGGGUAAGACGGUCGUGACUUGACUUUCAUGCCAGAAUAAUUCCGCAAUUAUAUCUAAAAGCGAUUUCCCAACAGCUGAUCAAAGUAUUAUAAUGUGAUAUAAACCUAAUCGUCAUUGGUUCUUCUUAAAACUUUGUGGAUCUUCUAAUGGUUUCUUUAAUGUUCGAUACAGAAUUUUUUAGUAUUGUUAAAAUCCUUCAACUGUUUUGGCAAGCCCGUAAAUGAAUCCCAAAAUUUUAGCAAUUGCUUCCAUUAUAUGCAUGAAAUAAAGGCAUCAUCUCACUGGCAAAGAAAAAUAAGUCAUGUGCCUUCUGCUCAGUCAUUAACCUGUACUUUACUCAAAUUCCCACCUGCGUUUUCUCACUCAGCCGCAUGCAGUCAUCCGUUACCAGCUCGAGCUUAAGCUCAGCCGAUGAGAGCUCUGUGUCCCAGGCUGAUGAAAGCCUAAAAAAUCUUCACCUGGAACUGACUGAGAUUUGUCUGGACAUGAUGGCCAGAUAUGCCUUCGCAAACUUCACAGCUGUACCAAAGAGGUAAGCUUCACAUGCUGAAGAAUUGGUUAGACGUUCCCUAGAUAUGAAAUGUUAUCUUGUAUACAAUUUGUUCAUCUAAGUUUGACCUGUCUUUUUUGUGUUUCCUGUACAUUGUAAAUGGCAACAAUGUUGCGUUAGUAGGAUGAUCGUCCUUGAAAUGUAGUGUAUGCCUUCCCGCAGAAUUCUAGGCAUUAGUAAAAUAUACUUGUUUUCUUGCAGGUCGCCUGUUGGAGAAUAUCUCCUGGAUGGCGGAAGAACAAAGACUUGGAUGGUUGGCAACAAGUUGAUCACUGUCACUACUAGUGUGGGGAAAGGGACUCGCUCUUUGCUUGGCUUGGACACUGGAGAGAAUCCGGAUGAUGGGGAAUCCGGGUACAGUGCACAUACAUAACGUAGUAUACACAUGUUACAUUCAUUCCAGAUACUGCAUAGUUAUUCUAAGCAGUGCCUGAGCUUUCAAGGGAAAUCAUAAAAGGGAUUUUGAAAAAGUUCUAAACAAAGUAUAAAGAGAAACCCUUCAAGUGUAUAUGUAAUUUAUCUUCUAGAUUGGUGUAUUCUACCUUGUUUUGUUUUUGUGCAAGUAAUCUAGACUUCAGGCAAAGUGUAAGACCGGCAUUCCAAAUUUCUUCAGGCAGUCUAUUUACAGAAGAGUGAAGCAAAAACGUACUUGAGCCAAAACUGCAUUUCUUUAAAAGAUUGUUCCUAGCACUAUAACCACUUCAGUGACUUGAAGUGGUCAUGGUGCCUGCAGCCUGUAUGUUUAAUGUUUUGAUAUUAAACACUGCACAUACAUAGUUUAACCCCUGUUCAAUGUAACUCCACCUCUGGCCACGUCAAUAGUAGACAGUGAACUUGAGUUCCGGGCUGUCUAAAGUGAAUUCUGUACAAAUUUGGCAUCUGAUGGCAGCCUCCCCUUGGCCAGUCACCCCUGACAUCACUCACCCUCUGGCAAAUUAUGUCAAGGAUAGGUUGAUGCUGUGUGACAUGAUCAUGCAGGGAGAGCGACAGAAUGUUGUAUAGGGCUUACCCAUCAAACUUUACUUUCAAGUAAACAAAUGUUAGCCUUAUUGCACCAGACUUUACCCAGCAUGCACCUGAUUUAAAGCCGCUCCAGUGCAUCCAGAAUUCCAGUGCUGUUUUGUGGACGUCUGUCUGUUUCUGCUAGCAAAACCGUGUGUGUGUGUUCAUUCUCUCUUUUUCUUAGAAAAUCACAUGCUGAAAAUGACAGGAAGGCAAAACAGCCAAGCCAUGACUAUAGCGGUGUUAGAAAACUUUCCAAAAAUCCUACAUUUUUUUUUAUUUAUUUUUUUACUACUGUUCAGUUUUUUGUUUUGUUUUCAAGUCACUGUAGUGUAAUGUUUAGUGAAUGAACCCUUGGUGUUCUAAUUCUUGUCUUGUGUAUGUUCUUGCAGUUCAGGCACGAACACUGAGCAGGAUCUUCCUUCCAAGCUGGAUCUUCAUGGGCGAAUGGGUAUGCAGCACAGAAUCCGCUCCUUGUCCGGUGAGCUUUCUUCAGAGGGAGUGCACACUCUCCCUUCACCUUGGGAUUUUUUUAGUUGUCUUCUUAAAACAAAGUGUAGUCACCUUGUAUCUCCAGAAGCAGGCGUGCAGUCUCCGCCAUGGCUUACAACAGCCAGGAGUGCUGUAUGGGAAUAAUUAGAUUUUAUUGUGUGUGUCACUGCUCAAGUUUAGUAGGUAUACCCCAAAUGAAAACAUACAUGCUUUAGACUGUAUAAUUUUGCAUUGGGGGUUUAUCUAAACAGUUUGCAAAACCUGCAGAUGUCUGCUGCCUUUACAACCCGUCCAGACUUUCUGUCGCUGUCCAAUCAGACUUCCCAAUGCAGCUCAAUGAGAAGUCUUUACAAGGCAGGUGCUGACUCUUGAGUUUAGUGCAAAUAAUCUAUAACCAAACCAGGAAGUAACAGGACCUGCUGUUUGACGGCCAGGCAGUGUAACCAGGUUAGUUUAUAAAAGUGUGUGUGUGUAUAUGUAAUGUAUAAAUAUAAAAAAAAAAUUUUUUUAUAAAUCUGUCUAAUUCUCUAAAUUUUACAAAAAGUACACACUCUCUUCACAUAAAGGCACUUCAGCAAGCGAACGUUCUUUAGGGGCCUGGAGUGUCUAAUUCUGUGCUGUUACGUAAAUUGUACUUUUUUUUAAAUUUAGUUACAACUCUAUUCCCGGUAGGGUAAUAUAUUUUCAUCUAACAGAUCAAUUUUUAACUAUAACUACAAGAUCUGAUCACAGGUUUUGGUGAUGCCAUCUUCAAGCUCUCCGAAUUUUACUGAUCUAAAAAAAAGAAAUGCUUGCUAGAGCAUGUAAUCGGAAUCCGUAAUACUCAGAGUAGUGUCCCGGUUCUGAGAGUCUUCCUGAUGAGGAAACCACAAACACAAAAAUCUUCAGACACAAGAAAACAAACCUAAAAAUGAUUUGUACACAUUAUGCGAUAUGAUUUGUGCAUAGUAAACUACGGAUCUACACUUUAUGAUAAUUUGUAAAGUGAAUUUUUCAUAUGUUUAUCUUCCUUGACUAACCAAAACAUACUUGUCUGUUACCAAUUCGUCAAAAUGGUAAUUUUCGGGCAUAAUUUAAAAAAAAAAAUGUUUAUUUCUCUUUAUAUAGUCAAUAUUGCCUCAUAUUAUUUUUUUUAUUUUUUUUCAGGUGGACACGGACUCAGAGCAGGUUCAUUAGAUGGUUCUAAAGGUCAAUCAACAAGCAGGGUUCCACAUCGUGCACCAGUCAAGGAGAAGGUCACUCUGACGCUGGCUGAUUAUAUGCCAGUACUAACACAAGGCUGGGCUGAAAUAACCGUUCGGAGGCCAACUGGUAAAAACAAAAAAUAGUUACAGAUUUUUAAGCACAAUAAAGUUUGUACUAUAUCUUUAUUGUUUUAUGGGUGCAUUAUGUUGGCAGAGAUCUACAAGGUGCUAUUUAAACUUGUUAAUACCCUAUUGUCCUUCUCUCCAGGAACCACAAGCUGGCUCAUGAGUGUGGAGAACCCACUGAGUCCAUUUUCAUCUGACAUCAACAAUAUGCCUCUUCAGGAGCUGUCUAAUGCCCUGAUGGCCGUUGAACGAUUUAAAGGGCAUCGAGAGACAAUGCUGUACAAAUCUCUUUCAAUGCCUGCCUCCACUCUCACCGAUGCCAAACCCUCACUCCAACGAUCUAAUACAGGUAAGAGAAUGUAAGCCAGGCAAAAUGACUCAUUUAAUCCUUACCUUUCUGCUCCGGGAGUUCCACAAAUCCAUCAGAUGGUUUCAUUUAAAAAUCUUUGAAUCCAUGGCUUUCUCUGAUGUAGCUUUCAAAAUUUGUACUUUUAUUUAAAAAAAUAAAUUAAAUCCCAAUGUAUUUGUUUUUAUUUCAUCAAAGUUUAACUUUUGCUUGUUCUUUAGCAUUACUGAUUUCAACUCUGCAUCUACAAACCUCUAGCAAAGCAGUGUCUAGCCUUCUGCACCCUCACUCUGUGAGCUCCUCGACAUUCGCAACUUUAUUAGUAAAGAUAGCUGUAACUCUAGCUCUGUUUACCUGUGUGCAUGCGUAGAUGGCGUUUCCUGUUUUGGUGUCCUUGUUAAGUAUAGUUGUGAACCAGAAGCCCAUGGCUUUCUACGGUGGUGGCAACAUCUUGCAAUCUGCUCUUCCUCUCCCAUUGCAGUGGCUUCUAUCUCUCACGCCUCCCAGUCCAGUGGCCAAGGGAAGCUGCUUAGGAGCAUUUCCUGGGCAGGUAUAUAUGUUGUGGCUCUAUCGGAAUCCUGCAGAACAUCGUUUGAGUCCUUGGCAUGUUUUAUGCCUGUCUAAUGAUCUUGUAUUUUUAUUUCUUUUACCAAGCUCAUUUGUUCACUGUGUGCUUCAUUGCUAACAAAGGUCAGACUCCGGCCUGCCUCAUGGCAUGGGAUACCUGUACUGCACGUGGUAUUAGUUUGUUUGACUGUCCUAACAUUUCCCAGCGCACAGUUAGUCCAUGGGACACUAAACCCACAAGUUCGCUACAGGAGCUGCAUGCUGAUGUGUGUUAACUGCUGCUUUCCAAUGGUCCGACUCCAUGGCGUGUUCCAGAAAAUCUGCUCUGCAGCUUUUAACAGACUUUUAAAUUGCAGCAAGAACAAAAGUGUUAACACCUUUCUUCCUUCAAAUAUUGGCACCAGUAGAGUUAAAUCCAUUGCUUCAGAUUAUUGGAAGAAAUGGUAAAGGUUUGGAAAAUCAGAACAAUCAUAUGUUCUCUUGUUAAUGUAAACCACAUUGUAGGUGCUAAUCUUUAGUAUACAGAGGCUGCUUCAUUAAAACAUAUAUAAUUUUCGUCCAUUUUUGUGAAAUUAUAUGUUAAUUAAGAAUGUGUGAUUCGUAUAACCACCCAGUAUGUAAUCUAAUAAUCAGGAAAUGCAAAUCGGGAAAUCCAGUGUUUUUUUUGUAUUUUUUUGUCUUCUUAUUUUCUGAUGCACCCUUGCCUUUACAGAAUCAUCUGUUGUGCCGGAGGAAGGAUCCCUACUGGAGGAUCCACCUGAGAAUGUGACUUCUCCUGCCAGCUCUCAGGAGUUGGAUGACUUUGAGGCAGUAACCAAUGCCGAGACCCUACGUGAAGUGAAGGCAGAGAAGUCAUCAGAUGGAAUAACGAGGGUGAGUUGUGAAGGGCCAUGGAGAUCCUUUGCUAACAUUGCAAUUGGUUUGUAUUGCCUCUUCAUUUUUAUUUAUUUUUGCAUUAGUCUUCAUCUACAUCCAGUCAAGAAGACUCUGCAGCUACUCAAUCUGAGCAGUCAGAAAGUCGUGGGAUUCCCAUAGAAGGUUCUGGCCGAGAGAUUGCUUUCCAACCCUCACAAACCUUGAGCAAGUCCAGCUCGUCUCCUGAACUUCAGACGUUGCAGGAGCUUCCAAAAGAACCAGAGACAAAGGAUGAAGUUAAGGAACCACCCUUAGUGCCAGAACCUGAACCCCAAACCAAAGAGAACGGCACAGACAAAGAAGCUCCCCCAAGCCAGAUCAACAAGCAAGAGCAAGAAGUUGAUGGUGGUGCUGGAGCAAUUCCAAAGUCAUCAGUGAGCCCCAGAGAAGAACCUGGGACACCAAAUCAAUCACAGCAGUCUUCUAACGGAUACCGUCCUAGAGGACACACCAUUUCAGACUCUGAACCUUCUAGGAGGGGCAGGAGGAUUAACGUUGAUGUUUUUAAGAACCGCACCAAGUCGACAAAAGCUGAGAAAGUGCCUGGAAUAGACCCCAGGUAGGUCUCAUGUCUGCACAAUAAUCUGGUCACUACAACACCUGUAGAGUUAUUAAAGAGUCACUCCAAGCACCACUGAAAAUAGAUUGAUUUUUUUUUUUUCUUUCUUCUAAUUUGGCUAUUUUGGCCAAAGUUUUGAAAUUCUAUUUGAAUUCACUUUCAGUUCCCAACAGCUCCACUUUGUUAACGGUUUGUGAAACCUCUUGAAAAUAUACUGCAUCUCUAAGCAGUUUUUGUGUAAAUUUCUAUUUUUUAUUUUUAUUUUUUUUCUUCAAUUUUCUAGGUAGACUUGCAGUAUUGCAUGUUUUUGGCCACUGCGUGAAUGCACUUGCACAUCAUUUACAUUGUGUCGUUGUCCAUUCUCGAUCUGACUGUGUUAUUGUGCUCAUAUUGUUUAUAGUGUGAUUUUUGAAUAUUCCUUUUGCCUUUAGUUUUGUAUUCCUACAGCUGUACCACUCGCCCUUCUUUGGUGAUGAGUCUAACAAGCCCAUACUUGUACCAAACACGGAGGUGAGUAGUUGCAGACUCUGUAACUCACACCGCUCACUUUAAAGUUGUAUUAAAAUUUUAGGGGAUAAUUGCUAAACUGCAAACCUAGCUGACUUUUUCCAUUGGGCUGUUUUUCUUCACUAUUUCUAUAUCGGUGAAUAAAACUGUGUUAAUUGCAGCAGAAAGGUAUUGUCAGUAAUGCUUUAGUCUGCCGAUUUUGUGAUACUAUCGGCUAACCUAAAGAUCAGUGCUCACACAUGACGGCUAGAUGGCAGAUAAGGGGGAUAAUGAACAGAGCUGCAGCCUUGGUGGUCUGUGAGAUCUAUUCCUACGUUGAAAUAACAUAUUCCUGUAUGAAGUAACACUCAGACCGUUCUACACCUACACACACCAAUAACGUUACUGCAUUUAUACAAGUCUCUCCUCUUCUUCAUUAAAUUCACUGUAUCUCUAUGCAUGUCAUUAAUUUGACUUUUUGUUUUGUAUGAGGUUUAAGGGGAACUGAUGGUAAACCCCUGUCUCCCUCCUGACAGCCAGGAUGGGCCCCAUUAAACCAUUAAAUUCUUUGCUCGCUAUUAAGCAUCAAUAGAGAUGACUGUGGUCCCGUUGCAGGAUGACUAUAAGGCAUUAGGAGCCCUUUACACUUUUAUCAAGCUUGGACCAACUCAUGCAGGACUGGCCCUUAAUCCUACACUUGAUCCGUAAUAUCUUAAAACUUUUGUACUUGAACUACUUUUCCCCCAUUUACUUUACUUUACAUCACUGGUUUAAACUAUGACCUUGGCACAGUCUACCUUGUUUUGUUGGGUCACCCGCCCCUUAAGAUGUAGUGUCUUCCAAUACUGCUAGUUGAUUAUCUUUUUUUGCCUGUUCCCCAAUUCCUCUGUUUGCUUUUUCAGACAUUUGAAAGGACAAUGAGUUUGCUGGAUGGUAUUCCUUCUUAUGAUACGCAUAAGAUUGGUGUCCUGUAUGUGGGAGAGGGGCAGGUGAGUUUAAUGAUGAAUUGAAUUAAAUUUUACUGGUCGCUAUGUAGCUACAUGUUACAAAUAUCAACUGGCGGCCCUUAGAUAAAUAAACACCUUUAUGUUGGUAGUAUGUUAAAUACAUGAUAAAGUAAAACUUUAAUACCUUAAAGGGGCACUGUAACCACUUCAUCUCAUUAAAGUGGUUAUAGUGUUUUAGGGUCCUUUGACAGUGCUUACAAUUUUUGAAUGUUUUAAUGCUAAACAAGAGUCCACAGCAACCCAUCCCCUCUAUUGCUUGGGUUAAUGAGGACGCGCAAUGAGUGGCGGUGAUUCCCUGAGUGUCAGCUGACUGCUUUCAGCCUGUAACGGCUCCCACUGCUGGUAUGAACAAGGAAGUGUGUGAUCUCUACUUUAUCCAUAUCUCCAGUAGGGGCCUGUGGGCAGCCAGGGACCUGCACUCAAAGGAAAGUAGUCAGAGCCGCUUUACCUUUAUGUAAAACCUGCAGGUUGACCAAGGGUGGUGCUUUAAUCUAGCUCCCCCUAAUUUAUCUACUUUAUUUGCUGUCAGCCCAGUACUCUCCUUCCUUAGUGUCGUGCCACUUCCAGCCACGUUGCAUCAUUACUUCUUACAGCCCAAAGCAAGCCACCGGAGGCUGAGAUCUCCAGUGUCCGCCAUCUUAGAAACCUCUAGAUGGUGCUGUGAAUGAUGACCCAACGGGAUUGGCACAACCUAAAGUAAGGUAAAUAGCAUCAGUCCUAGGCUCUCUAAAUAUCAAUAGGGGGUGUAGGGCAGGGCGUAUAUAGUCAGAAGAGGGAGGGGGUGAUUCAGUCACAGCCCUUUUAAAACUGUUUGAAAUGUAACACUGAAUGGAGGGACCGCGUCGGGGAGCUCCAGGCACUACAACCAAUUCAAGGAGAUGAAAUGGUUAAAGGCCUAGUAGUAGUCUUUGCCGCCAUAACUGUCUUUUUGUGAUCCAUUUUUCACUUGUUGAGCAGCCAGAGUUCUAUUGAACUAUCAAACUCGCUGUACUAAAGAAAAGGAUCCUUAAGCCACCAAUGGAUUUGCCAAUAUAUUGGCAAUUGAGGUGAACUAUGUAAGCUAUAUACAGGAUUAAAGAUCGUAUAACGUAGUAUACAUGUAAUAAAAAAAAACUUUGUCACUUUAAACACUGCUAGAAAGGAUCAGUGUGCUAUAACGGUAUUAGUCAUAAAGCAAAGCUUUUAUUGACAGAUUGGCAAUGAGGCUGCAAUCCUGUCCAAUG